AAGUCGGGUCUCUGUUACGUUACGUGCCGCACGCGCUCUUCGAACUUUGCGUUUUGCGUCGUCGUCCCGCGUGCAGUGUGUGCGUCAACCGCGAAGUGCGUCUCGCGCCCCGUGAGCUUUUAACGCGGUCCGAGUGUCCGCGGCGCGAUCGACACACAACGGCACGCCGUUCACGCCGGAGAGGUUUUCACCGCGCCAUCGUAAUAAUAUCGAAACCAUCCGAUUGUCGCGAUACCAUAGGUACACGUUUGCAAACACAACGGUUCGCAUUUCGCGCGUUUUGGCGAUGCGGGCUUACCGCUGUGACCGGCGUCCGCCCGCGUCGUUCGCUCGUUGUCGGGCGCCCUGCGGCACCGCCGAAACGUUUCGUUUACGCACCCGGCCGGCGCGCGCUGCACGGUGUCUGCGUGAUCCGCAGUGACCGAUCGGCCCGGCAAACGGGAGUUCCCGACGCCCGCGUAUCGGUUUGCUGAUUUUGCCGGUUGUCGAAAACCGCGUUCUCGGUCACUAACCGAACGGCCGGCGACGUUGCCGCGUUCUGUUACGACGGCAAACGAUACCGCGAAAACGGUUCGUUCGUCCGCGUAACAGUACAAUGCAGUACGCGCAGUAGCCCCGGGUCGCUGAAAACCGCAUCGCCAAAACGCGUCUAUUAUUAAAAUUAUCGCGGGCCGCGCCAUUGUCGUGCGCGUGUGCGCGGUAAGUUUUUUGCGUUUCGAACGGCACCCGUUGCGGAGCUCCCCGGUGCGCGAAUCCGCUUGACGACGACGGCCGGUACCCCGAACACAACCGAUUUGGUAAUACCCGGCCGGACGGGGUGCGCCGCAAGCCGCAGACGACGGCAGAACCCGGUGCGGGGUGCCGAAAAUACGUAUCGCACUAUUUUAGUAACUGCACAGCGGGCCAGAAUCCUCUAACCUCCCCGCCCCCCCCCCACGAAAACCAGGUAGAAAUUAUUAUCGCCCGAAACCGUCAUUUUGACGUUUAUAGAACUUUAAUAUUUAAAUCGUUUUCGAGAGGUUGGGAGGUGUAUUUUAUUUUUCAAUACGAGAGCAAUAUUUUUUCAGCGACCUAUCGAUUUAUUUGUCAUCGACCGACGCAUACACAACUAUAAUAACACUGUGAUGACGAAAAUCUAUUACUGUCUGCAGAAUCCUUAUUAGCACAUUUUCGAUUGCGUUUGGGUCUGUCUCGAUAUCCGGUCAAGCAUUUAUUUAUAACGUCUGUUUUAACGAAACAUGAUGAACAAUAUUAAUUUAUGCAUUGUAACAUAGGUAACCUAUUAAAACAAUAACACGUGAUAUCGUUUUUUUUUUCUGAUUCGUUUUCGCCUAUUUUUAACAAUAUCUGACCCGCCGUGUGCUACGCCGGGCGAUAUAUUUUUGCCAUUGUAAAUGAACCAGUGAGAUUAUCAGCCAUAGCCCAUGAGUAAUAUACGAAGAUUUUACGAGAAAAUCAUAUAAAUUAAGCUUUUUUCCAGUCACCGUAUUUAGUAUCAUUAUAUUGUACACGACCUAUAAUGAUGUCGCACAUGAUAUUCUCAAAACUUUACACUUAUUUCGCGUUAGAUGUUUUCAAAUACAGUGACGCAGAUAAUUUUUUAUGAAAUCAAAAGUCGAUAACAUGUGUUUGUGGUAUAUAUAUAUAUGUACACGGAAUUAGGGUGACGAUUUAAAAAUAUUGUAAAUAUAAUAUUACAAUUUGUAAACUAUAUUUUAUAGAAUUACCGGGGGGGGGGGGGACGGAGACGGAAAUUAAAUUUACCCAUAAUUAUCGCACAUCAGAUAACCAUAUAAUAUAAUCGCGGGUUCGUGAUAAAUGAAUCACUCUGUACUCUAUUUACCUACGUAUCGUUGUGCCGCCGUCGUUGUCGUAUUCAUUGAAAUUAAUAUAAUAAUUACUGUUACUAUAUUAAGUGUUAAAUAUUAUUAUUAAUAAUACUGUUGUAGUAUUUAGGCAACGUGUUUUUGUUUCGUUUGCACGGUGCUAAAUGCGCCGAGUAUAAUACGAAUAACAAUAUAUAAGCCAGCCACGUUAACAUUAUAUUAUUGUACUUAGAGUUCUCGUAAUCUGUCGACAGAUUUUUCUUAAAAAUCGAUUAGAAAAAUACAUUCACGAAGUUUAAUGACAAAUAGGUACCUAGAUGUAAAAAAUAUUAUCCGCUCAAUUAUGGAUAUUACUCUGCGAUAAUGCUUACAUAUUAUAAUAUUGUAUAUUUUGACGGUAACGCGGGAAACUAUUAAAAAUAGAUUAGAUAAUGAUGUUAUUAUUGUAUCUCGUCUCCUACGACUGUACGAGUAUUUCUGUUUAACGUUUUAAAAGUAUACAUAUUAUUAAUGCAUUUUCAUUUUUCGAAUAGGAAAAUAAUUCUCCGAUAAAAAAUAUCAGAGAAUACCUACCGUAGAGGUGCGCACACGUGGUUAUGCAGGCGUUAUGCCGCUGCUUGUGCACAGUCUGCAGCUUCAGGUUGUUGCCCGAAAUCGUUCGAUAUACUUACUUGCCAUUAAACUUUGGUUAUUUUCACAUUCGGCAUUCAUUUAAUUCAAACUGUAGUACAUUAUGAUUUAUGAUCUACCGUGUUUAAACUUAGCCGUAGUUUGCGCAUUUUAUUUUGGUGAGGAGGCCAAAUUAUUAUAUUCAAUUGUAUUUCAGGACUCGAUUUUUCUAAUUGCAUAACCUGUGGUUAAAGUCUGCGCAUUUCUACGUUACCUACUAUUAUAGGUAGGUAGUUAAAAAAUAGUAAUAUUAAAGUGUUGUGCACCAUAUGUAUUGAGCUCUGUGUUUGUAUACAGCACGCGGUUAUACACACUCGCGAUUCGAAUAAAAAACUUAUAUACCUACAUGACGUUAUUAAAUUCGAUAGAAGAGCCUAUAUAUAUAUACGAAAAUCGUAUCGUUUUAAUAAAAAAAAAAAGAAAAAGAAAACGUACUUCAACUGUUCAAUGUAGGUUUCAUAGAAUAAAAUUACGAAAAUAACUUGAAAUUUAUUUUACAGUGUCGCAUCGUAGACUUUUUUUUUUUUGGGGGGGGGGCUGUUCAGUUACAUAUCACAUUACAAAAAUAAUAUAAUAGUUGUAAAAUAAAUUUAAACAAUUUUUUUAAAAAGGCGCAUUUUCUCAAAAAAUUUGAACGAAUUUGAAUGAGCGACUAAGCGAUAAUAUUAUUAGUUAAUCACAUAGUGACCCCCUUGAACUGAAUACAAUUAUUUGUUCGCUUACCAUGUCUCGUAAUAUACCGCCAAUGUAAUUACCUGUAUUUAUUUAAAAAAACAAUAUAUUCAUGUCAAUUGUUAGACUACAAAAAUCGUCCUUUUUUUUUUAAGUGUAUUUUUUUUUCUUUUAGUAAUAUCGUGUAUGUAUAGUUGAUGCAAUAUUCUCAAAAGGCUAAACCGAUCGACCGCAACGGCAGUAGAAAAAAAAUAAAUAUAACCUUUUUCAUAAUAGUAUCGAAUUUGUGUUGAAAAAAACGAAAAUCCCAAGACCAACAUAUUGCACCUACUGAUGUUUGUGCGCCCGUCAGUUUUGAGUGGUUUCGGGUGGUCUCCCGGGAUAAGCCAUUUUUUUUCUUCGCGAAAACUGCUGAUCUUGCGUGUGCCGAGCUGUGCGUCCAACGAGCUCGAAAUAUAUUUUUGCUACCGUCGCCGGGUAUUGAACAUGCAUGUAGGUACGCAAUAUGUCCGCAGCUGAAAUUGUGUUUAUUUGCCGGGGUGAAACCACUUGCUCGGUUAUCACAUUAUCAGCUUGCAGGGCUUUCCUUGGCGUGUCACCGUAUAGUUAACCGCGACCGCCGUCGAAUGUUACGUACGUGUUUACCGACAACAGGUAUUUGACAAAUAAUUGAGUGUUGAAAAAUAAUUGCGAAUUUCGUUUUUCGCGUCCGAUGUCGGUUUAGAUUUUUCCGUGUUGCGUGUUUGACGGUUUUUCGGAAAACGUUUUGAAAAAUUGUCUUUACUACCCGCAGGUUUUUCGUUAUUGUUAUUUUAUUUGAUUACUUUGAUUUCGUGUCCUUGAUUUCCUGUGGCACACAUCGCGCAGCGAACGUUCCUUGAACUAAAUUCGCACACCGAACUCACACGUAUCUCAUACACCCGUCGGCGAUAGACUUUCUUUCGUCCGUGUGCGACACAGUGACUCAACGCGACGAAAAAUGAACUUAACUUGUUAAGUUAAAAUAGUCAAAAUGUUAAAUUUUAACUAGGUUAAAAAAAAUGUCGGCAAAAAGUUUUUUAAAAAAUUAACCUUUUAAUUUAUUUUUAACUUUUUUACUGAGUACUUGUUUAAAACAUACCGUUAUUACAUAUAGUAUAAAACGUGCGAUAAUAUUAUUUCUCUGUACAUUUGUAAUUUUUAAUUUGAAAAUUUGCAUUAUUUGAGGAUUUGAGGAUACAAUGUUAAGACACGGACUACUAAUGUGCAUACUAUGCACAUAACUUACGCGAGUAUUGUGGCUGGGGCACGGGACAACGGAAUUCAUAAGGUUUUUUUAUCAUUAUCAACACGAGUCGAUCCGGUGUUGAAUACUGGAUUGGUGUAACUAUUACACUUAAACGCUACGGAUGUUUUAUCGCGAGCGCGAAUUUUAUGUUCUAUUACCUGUUGCGCGUGCCUGGCGUAUUAUCAAUUAAACAUUUGGCGACCGGGGUGAAUCAUAAUACUUGUAGGUACGUGUGUACUUGCGACAAACAUCCUUAUUUUGAUAUUUAUGUCAUUUGUAUACGGGACGGCACGCGUAACCAGGUGUUGUUGGUUGGAUCGUCGAGCAAAAUAACUUUCAAUAAUAAUAUUGUAAUAACACGUGUAACGCGUACUUAUACAUAACUAUACGUUCCUACGACACGGAUUUUCUUCCGUCGUCGUGACGUCUUCGUUGUGUCGGACUAGAUGUAUUAUUAUAGUGAUGAUACAAUUCGCUAUCGUACGUUUAACUCGUUUUUUACUUGAAAUCAUUGAACAAUUUUUGUUGUUUUUUUUUCAGACUACCUCAUAAUAUAAUAUUUUCGUUUAUUAUUCGUUUCACUUGUCGAUGGGAUCGGAAUACAGCUCUGCUCUUGCAGUAAUGCAAUAAAACGGCUGUUGCAAGUAGGAACGACGAACAUUCGAUCAUAGCCGUCGUCGUCGUCGUCGCCGUCUGCACAAUGGCCAAAACGGUAGACAAUUGGCCUGGAAAGCCUCAGGAGACUGAAUCGUUCCUGUUAGGCGAAAAUCGCACAGCGCAACCAGGACUAGUCAGACAGAAUCGUCGGCAAUCCGGUAAGAGCACAUAAACAUUGUCGUUUUAGAAUAAUAAUUAUAGCUAGACCUCUGGUUCAGAAAUUAUCAGUUGUAUUUACCCACAAGUUACGAGGAAAGUCGAUGAAAAACAAUUAAAUGAAUUGAAUCGAGUCAAACGCACUAACAAAAAAAAGAAUUCGGUUAAAAAUUAACGACAGGAAAAUUUUAAAUGUGAACAUUUUUUAACUUGACUAAUUUUAAAAAUUGUUUGGUUUUUUUUUUUGCUAAAUACUUAUGUUUAUGUUAAACAUAUUGAAAUUGGUAAUAAUAAAUCCACUAUUUCACUUUUUUAGAUACCUACUGUUAAGUUUGGCUCAAUUAGAAUGUACCUAAAUUCAAACAAGGGAAAAAACAGAUUCGCCUGUAAGCCAUUGUAUUAGUUUAGCUGAAUCUUUAUAAAAAUUAAUAGUGAAAAGUUUCCUAUGACAAAAAUUUAAUUUGAGAAAUCCUGAACAUAAUUGUUCAAAAUUCUUGUGGAAAAAUUUGUGUUAUUUUAUAUUUUAAACGUAAUGAAGGAGCUAUUAAUAUUGUACCAAGAAAUAUUUCAAAAAUACUUCAAAUUUGUAUUUUGUACCUUAAAAGAUGCGGGUUUUCCAUCCGAUGGCACUUUAUUUGCAACAGUUUUCCAGAUUUUCAACAAAAAUAAAUGACCAUAUAUUGGUUUUAUUUUUGUUGAUUUUUGGAUUAUCUACUUUAUAGCCAUUAAGCUUCAAAGGAAAACACGACUAACACUACGAUAAUUUUACUUGCAGUUUACUGAGCUCCGUUCAGAGUAGUUGUUUGUUUGCAAUAAUUCAUUGUUAUAAAAUACAAAUCAGUAUAAUACUUUAUAGGUACCUUUUAAAAAUCCCACCUAUAACAGUGGUCAUUCGUGGUGCCAAAUAUGCCAGGAUUCUUAAAAUUUUCAUUGUCAUAAUUUCUUACUUCAGUUGGGCUGUCUCAAUACACAAUUAUUACUCAGAAUUUUCAUAACGUUUUUUUUAAAGUAAAAAAUAUAUUUUAAGUGUAUAUCCUAUACAUCGUUUAUGAAGAGUGCCUAUUUUGUAUUGCGAAUUGACUCGGCAUCGUCCCAACUUGUCGACUAGCCUACUACCAUGAAUGGCGAUUAUGACGUAUUAUUUAUAAACGAUGAAUUUAUUAGAAAUCGAAUAUAAUAUUAUCGUGUGGCGUAAAUAAUUUUAUUAGGUACAAAUUUUUUGAUUUAUUAAUAUUCUAAUCGUGUAUAGGUGCCCAGCUGACGCAUAUUGUUGUAUUAUACGAAGCAAAUAAUAAUCUUGUAACUACACUCGCGAGAGUAAUGUACAUGCCGAUUUUAGGUGUAUAUGCACACUUAUUGCACCUAUAUUUUAUCGAAAUCUUAUGAUAAUUAUGUAUGUUUUCGAGACAUCGAUUCUCAUUCAAAACAUUUGUGUGUUUGGCAUCGCACACAUAAUGUCAAGGAUAAACUAAUAAGUCACGCGUUUAUUUUACUCGCAUUAACUAUAUAAUAAUAAUAAUACAAUAUAUUGUAUCGUAUAUAUUGAUUUAGUGACGUUUAAAUAUUGAAUGUUUUUCCAUUGUCAUAUUAUCGUGUAGUUAAGUAGGAACUUUUUAAAUUAAAUUUUCCAUUAGCUUAACGAGUAGCCGAUGAAUUAUGUCCCGGAACUCGAAGGAUCGACUAUCAUUAUUACAUAGGUGUUUAGGGACAUUACAAUGUUAUAGUAACAAGAUACGACAGUGAAUAAAAUAUAGGUACGUCUCUCACUUCCUGAGCGUUUAUGAUUGAUUAAUUUCCUCCGUUUAACAGUAUCUACCUACGUAUAUUAUAGGUAUUAAGUAUGAGGUAUAUACUUACUUUUAAAAUGUUCACGUUAGUUGGACCCUCGGGCAAACCGGUCGAACUAUAUAAUCAUAAUAAUACACCUAUUUGUAAAUUAUUGUGUUAAUAGCGCUUCCAGAAAUAAUAAAUCAUAGCUUUCGAUUUUUGAACGUAAUAUAAUAAUACUAUACGAACGCAGGUUAAAAACUGUAUCAGAAAACAAUCAGGAAUCGACGAUGCUGGAUAGAAUUCACCUACAGUUUUCCCUCCAAAGGUAAAAAAAUUUUCCCAUCAAAAAAAUUACUACGAAGUACGAAUAGAUUUUCGCAAGAAAAAAUCUAAAUUAUUACAAUUUUUUAAUACACAAAUACGUCCUACACUGUGUUGACAUCAAAAUUUAGAUAUUAUCGUUCUUAGUAUAUAAUACACAAAGAUACAGAAUUCCCUUUUGCAAAAUGUAUUCUAAAAUUUUCCCGCGCAGAGGAAAAUUCCCCUCAAUUUAAAAUCACUAUCAGAAGUUCUUCAUCAUGCAAUAAUUAUCACCUAAUACCUACUACCCUAGGAAAAUUGUUCAGAUAAAUACUAGUCUAUAUUGACUUCAUACCCUUAUUCGGUUCAAUUCUAUUUACUUAAUUCGAAACUGGGUGUCAGAUUUCGGGCGUCAUUACAUAUUGAAGUUUGUUGUAGUGUGUAGGAGUAUAUUAUACAACACAGUGAUUCACUAAUCAUUUUUAUAGGUACUAUGAUGGAUUGGCGGGGUGUUAAAAAUUAUCUGGAUACCAUAGAUGGUGUUUGAAAUAUUGAAAAUAUUUGUUGUCUUUAUUGAAAUAAGGGAUCUAACACGAUAUUGUAUAAUGUGGCAAUUCGGUUAUUUUAGUUUUUAGAAUAUUAUCUAUGUAAUGAAUCAAUUUGAAGUUAGUUAUUGUUUUUAAUAGUAAAUAUUAUUAUGUCUGCAGUUUUCAAUAUUUUGUUUACAUGUGUAACCUUGUCAUUGUUAAAACGUGUAUUAUUAUUCCGAUCUAAGGUAGCUGGCACAUAUUUAUCGAACAUAAUAUACAGCUGACAAAUAAGUUAAUAAAAGGACGAAUUUUCCUUUUAAAUUGACCUACAUUGAAUACAUAACUAUUUGGGGACUUUUAUUUCAGUAACCUCGAUGUCUCCGUGUUAAAUAAUGAUUAUCAGCCGUGAAACAUGAUCGAUAGUAUUUCAAGAAUCUGCUUGUAAUGGUAGCAUGAAUUCGUUGUUAUCCGUAUUUGUCUCGCUUUAUUCAUUCAUUUGGUGGAUUAUCAGUUUAGAUUUGAUAUAUGAUGGUAUUAUAUACGGACGUCUCUUCACCGGAACAAUUUUCAAUCGAUCUAUAUCCGUGACGUCACGUGUAUCUAUACAUGCUUCUAUGAUACUAUUGUGCAACAUCAGUACUAUAAUAAUAUUGAUGACAUUUUUAAUUAUGCUUUUGUUUAAUUUUGUGUUAUAAGUUAAGAAUUAUAUAAUUGCACUAUUUUUAAUAAAAUGCAUAAAUAAUUUGUAGAAAAAUUUAGAAAACGACAAAAUCAUAUAUUAUAUUGUUAUCAAUAUUAUUAUAGCGUUGACAACACAGAAUAUUAUUACGCGUUAUAUUCUAAGACCGCGGUAUUACAGAAACAUGCAUAAAUAAUAGUGACGUCACGGAUAUGGAUCAGACGAAUAAUUUUUCCGGCGAAGAGACGUUCAUAUAUUACAUCGAAUUUGUAAAAUGACUUAAGUGGAGCUCAAUAUAUUGAAAUUUAAACGUAUAUAUGCUUACGUUUCUUGAAGAAACAUAUUUCAUACAAAGUUUUAACUAAUAUAGUCUAAGUGAGUACUCAUUCUACUCGUAGGCAAAUUGAAAAAUUAUAGUGUAAUUGAGUUUGAUUUUUAAUUUAAAUGAGUAGAUACAAACAAAAUAUUUGUAUAUUUACUAACCUGAUAAUAUUGUUUUUAAAAACCUAUACGCAAGCACAUCAUUCAGAGUUUAAAAACAGGUGAAAUCUGAUAUUAUCAUAAACAUUAAUUUAUGUCUUAACGCCAAGGAGAUAUUAUAUUUAGGUGCAACAGUAUACAUGUCAUGGAUUUAUUUGAAAUUAAAUCACUAAUUUUACUAGAAACCGUAGAUCAGUAUAUACAAUUAAUUCGUCUUUCUCUUUUUAAAAUUGUAUGUAAAACAUAAUCAGAUACUAGGGAGCACUAAAAAUAUAUUUUAAAUUUUGAUGAUUUUUAAAAUCAUACAGAACAUUUGUUGGCACUUUUCUUUCGUGAAAUAGAACACUUAAUCCAUCCGAUUUUCUAGAAAUAGUAUUACAUUUUAUAGAAGUAAAUAUUUUCGAAAUUCUCAACAGUUUAAUUGAAAAUUUAAAAAAGUUGUAACGUUACACGAAAAAACUUGGGUACCUAAAAUUGUUUCAAAAUACAUUAUUGUUGUUAUUUUUAUUAUUUCUAUUUUCGCUUUUGACUCACCAGUUAUUAUUUAACUAUUGCUUGAAGUAAUUUAAGAUACAAUUUGCAAACGAUAUCAUUUUGAUAAAGGUAAUAUUCUUGAAAUCAAAUUGAAAACGAUUUAUAUUUUAUUCGUAAAAUAAAUAAUAAAAUAACACAACAAUACAUUUUAUGAAAAUUAAGUUUUCAAUGAAACCAUCAAUUAAGUUGUCUAACCUUACCCUUAUAUUUUGUACAUGGUUGAUGGUACUCAAUUAAGUACGAGUUCUAUAAUUAGUAUAAUUGACAAUAGAUUAUUAAAAAUAAUUACGAUUAUUAACAAUGAUUAUAAAUUGUCUGUGUGUAAAAUGUAUAAUAUCAAAUUAUUAUUAAUGCGUAAUACGCAUUAAUGAUUAUUUUUUAAAUAAUAUAUGUACUAUAUACAUAUUACUCAAAACCCAGCCUUAGUAAAUCAGGAUUAUUUUAAUCAACAAUUUAAUUUUAAUUUUAUAAUCAGUUUGAAUUGAAGUUCCUAAACAAGUAGCAAUCGACAAUAUACAUAAAGUAAUACAUAUAUUAUACAUUUUUUUGUACACGUUUUCAAGGACGAAAUUUCUGGAAUUUAUUAUUUUAUUUUUAAAUUUUAUAUUUAAUUUAAAUUUAAUUUUUAAAAAAAUCGUAAAAUAAUGUUAAAUUAAAUUGUUGAAAAUGUUCAAAUGAAUACAUAUGAAUUUUAAAUUGUGUAAUUAUUUAAUAGAUAGGUAGGUAUAAUCAUUUAAAUUGUUGUACCUGCAUUUUUAUUCUUUCGAGCGAAUAUAAAUAUGCAUAUAUAGGUAUAUAAAAUAUUUUUUCAAUGUGAAAUGAAAGUUUUAUUGUUUUGUAAUAAUAUAUAUUAAUCACGAAAAUAUUAAAACGCCCUUAAGGUGUAAUAAAAGUAUUCUAUUGACGCGACCGUUAAAUUCUACAAUAUCGACCAUGAACAAUAACAAUACGACUUUGCUUAAAAAUACAUCUUAUACUAUAGCUGUAGGUAUUUGAUUAUCUGCAGACACUUGGAGCGGAACCAAUACUAGUUUAUACCACGGUAUAGGUUAGUGGAUUUGUACUUAUGUGCUUACUUAUCCUUGACAUUGGUAUGGUAAUAUUAUGGCAAUAAAGAGGUUAUCGUCGUCGGAGAUCAAUGAAAACAAAAAAAACCACAUACUUAAUUUAACGUUUACUUUAUUUUUUUUUUUUUCGUAAUUUUGCAAUUUUGGCGCGUUUCUAUAUAAUUAGAAUAUUAUACUCACUUUAACUCGCCAGAAAUUACUUAUAUAAAGAUAGGUAUACUUACAACCGUUGUUAAUUUAUUCGACCUUAUCCAUAUAUUUUAUAUAUUGUGCAGUGGAUGAUGAAUAUAAUAUUACAGAUUUGUGUACAAUAAUGUCCAUAAUACGCGCAAUGAUAAAAAAAAAAAAAAACAAGUUGCAGUGAUUUAUGAUAUUAAAAUUAUCGUACAAAAUAUAUAUAUAUAAUACAUUUACUCAUAACUUAGGUACUAUAUAAAUAUAGUUGUACGAUAUUAUCGAAUUGGAUAUAAUAUUAUUGUACCUUAAGUGGACGAUAUGCAGGCAUUUACUGUCUCAGUCUAACUGACGGACAACAAAGAAAAAUAAUCACGUUACGUAGAACGUAAAUUGUGGUAUUUGAGUUGAAAUUAGAGUUUAAACACAAAUAACGAAGAGGAGAAUAUUUUCGAGAGCUAUAUAUAUAUACCUAUUGCAAUAUUUCUUGAGAUAAUAAAGAUAAUUAAAUUCUGUUGUUUUAUAUAUAUACCCUAUAAGGACUAUAAAUAUUUAUAUUUAAAUUCAAUUUUUAUGUUUCGGUGAAAAAAUUAAAAAAAUUGCUUUUUGUUUUAUUAUUUUUGAGAAAAUUUGAAGUUAGUCAUCUUAAAGAGUUUAUUAUUCUUCUGAAAAUGUUGACUUUUUAUUUUCAUUAAAUCCGUGAUUAUCAAUCAUUUUUUUAAAGCUCAGAGAAAAAUACCUAUUUAUAAGUAUGCAGCAGGCUGCAAUCGCAUUCACUAAUUGAUUAUUAUUACUCAUUAUUAUGGCUAAUUGACUGUACACUUCCCUUCUCUGAUAAUAAAUUACCAUUUUAUGUACGUUCGAUAGUAAAUCGAAUAUUUAAAAAAUUGUAAAACACAUUAGGUAAUCCAUUUAGCUUUCUAGGUUAUAUUUAAAUAUUAUAAAGUAAAAACAAUUAUAGUAGGUACACCUACAAACCUACAUCAGUAUGUGUGACAAUGCAAUGCAGAAGGUACCAGGAGUAUAUUUUAAAUUUAAUGUUCGAUAGGUAUCCUUAAUUUAAUACUGAACAGUAAAUUUCUUUUCGAAAUCAUUAUCUAAAUGACUAUUAUUAUAAUUUAUAGGCGUUCACUAAAAAGAUUUGUUUAAAAUAUCUAUUUUUGAAAACCGUUUAAACUAAAAAAAAAAGUUGUAAAAAAGAUCAUCAUUAAAAAACGUCUGAAACGCUGAUUUAACGUUUUUUUUUUUUUUAUCAACCCCGGUUGAAAGAAAUAAAGAGCGACAAACACUUUAUAGAUAAAGCUUUUUAUAAGUAGGGAUGGGGAAUGUGUGAAUAAUAAUUAUAAUAUUAUGUUUAUUAAUACCGCAGGCAACGACGACGUGUCUGUAAUAAUUAGACACUAUAAUACAAACGAACAAAGAACAAAUAUAUCAAACAAUAAAAAUGAAAAAAAAAAACAUAUAAGUGUCUACAUUCUACAUAAAAUUUCCAGUUGCCGAUUUAGGUAUGCAUAUAUUGUACAAUUAUAAUACAUUUUACAUGUAUACGGUACCAACCAUAGUUAAUACGAUCGGUAUUUCGAGUAUUAGUCCGAGACGUCCGGUAAAGAUAUGAUAAUAUAAUUAAUACUUUAAUUAAUAAUUAAUUAAACCGGACAAGGUUGAAUUACUAAGCUGUAGAGGGAUCAGAUUUGGUGGUAAUUGGACGACCGCGCAAUAAUAAUAUUAUUAUAAUGAUAGAAUAUAGUAACGAUCGUAAAAUAUUUUUUACUAUAUUUUUCACUAAGAACAACAGCUGAACGGGUGGCAACAAAAUUAUUGGUACACAUCGCGAGAUUGUAUACCUAACACGCAAGGUACGAUGUUCCGCGAGCAUUUAUAAUAUAAAAAUAUACGUAUUGUGUGGACAAGACCGUAAGAAUCGGAAAUUUUCGUUGAAAAAUAAAAAAAAAUAAAAUAACAAACGAUAAAUAUUAAUUGAAAUGUAAUUAGAUAAGGAAAAAGAGCUAAUACUGGGGACGGGUGUGGCUGCUGUAGUAGAUGGGUAGUUGGAAAGGUGGGAUACAUAGAGAUGGAACACAUAAAAUUAUUUUGUUUAUACCUGUAACCAACGAAAACUAUUGCUAACGAAAAAUGAUCUGGAGCGAAGUUCGGUUAUACCUACAUGUUUUGAAAAGCCUUAAUAUUGACCUGUAUAAAAAUAAAAUAUACUACAUUAAAUUUAAUAUGUUUUGGCCACUAAGUAUGACUUAUAAUGAAUCUCCUGGGAAUUUUACAGCAUUUCUUUUUAGUCUAAUAAUUUUAUUCACAGAGUAAUCAAAAUAAAAAUUAUGUAAAAAACUUGUAAAAUUAAAAUGUCUAUAAUAGGUCAAAAAUGGCUGGAUAAUUUUUAAAAUUUUACCACGUCUAUAAGAGACAAAUAUAACAGUUAUGUCAAAAUUUAAAGUUUCUACGAACAUUUUUAACUGAAUUACAUUAAAAAAACAAUAUUUAAAAUAAUAAAAUAACUACUUCGUAAAUUUUCCCGCUCUUUCUACGUAUUUUUCAGUUUUGCUUAAUUAUCUAAAAAUUCUAUACAAAGAAAAUCAAAAAAUGAUUCCUUUACAUACCAACUAGAUUAAAAAUGCAACAUUGGUAGGCUAUUAGUUGUAAGUGGUAAGUUGGAAAACUAUAUGGGAGGUAAUUUAUGUUUGUAUACCUACCACAUACUUAUAGUCCAUAUCAGUUUAUAAAUCAUUGCACCUAACAAUAAAAUUCGAAUCUAUGAUGAGUGGUUACAAAUGAUGGUGUUUUUUUUCUUUCUAAGCUAGAACUUAGUAUAAUUAUGAAAUGAUUUACGAUUUUUUGCGAUAGUUCCGUCAGAAUUUGAACUUUAAAUGUUUAUGAAAUAAACAUUGUGACUAUUUAAGAUGGAUUUUCGAUAUUUAACAAAAAUGAUUUAUGACUUUAAAAUACCACCCUAGUUAGAUUUCAGAAAAUAUGCUAUCAUUAUUCAAGUAAAUCGGUAGAAAAGUUGUUCACAGGAAAACAAAAGGCCGUUAUAUUUUUUCUGUAAUACUUACAUUUCUUACAUUUUCCCGUUUUUCCCAUUUAUCGGGAAAACUCUUGAGAAAAUUAAAAAAAAACCACAAUUAGAGUACCACUUCAUGAAUAUUCUGUCUCAGAAAAAGUGCUAUACUUUAUACUUCGGAGCUAGAUUCUGGUAAAAUUUUUGUAUACAGUAAGAAAAAAAAAAUAAACAUCUUUGUAAUAUACUCUUCGCUACAAUUAAAAUCUAAAAAAUGGCUAUUCAUUCGUCUACCACCUUUUUUUUUAUCACCCGGGGAGAAGUGAUUACCUAUAAGUAUUUAGACGGCAAUGUCACGAUAUGACAUCACUAAUGACGUGAUAAUGUGGUAACUACCAUGGGACGUACACUAUAAUUAUUAUAGAGUGUCUACAAAUUAAAAAAGGGUGAGAUGAUUCAUCUAUUGUUUCCCCCUCCUGGGAAUUUGUAUUUAAAAAAUGUGGGGUUAUUUGAAAAAAAGUGUUCAAUUCUUAAAGUUUAAACGAUUUCGAUAAUGACAGAAAACAGAAAAAAAAAAUACAUUAAUUUAAAUUCGCUUAAAAUCCUCCGAAAAAAAAUCACCCUGUACCUACAUUCAUAACACUAUGUAACCAACGUAACUAUGUAUUACUCACUAUAAUAAUAUUUAGUAUGUAUUACGCUCAGAUAUACACUUACAAUAUACGCCCAGAAUCGAAAAAUCGUUGUAUUAAUUUAUGUAUAUUAAUAUAAAAUGUAAAACAUCACAUGGCCAAGAUUGUCCGUCGUCGCCGUCAAAACAAGUCGUUCCGCGAAAACACGAAACACCUUUAGCGUGCGCGCGUUUUUCUGGUCCGACCGGCGCUGCGCCCCCGCAGUCGCGUGUUAAGAGAUGGUCGCGGACGGACCCGGUUGUCCUUGGCCGGGAAGUCACGAUUUUACCGGGGUGAUCACACACACACACACACACACACACACACACACACACACACACACACACGCAUAUACACUUGUAAGUCGUAUAUACAGAGUGUUCCACGGAGAUGAUCUGAUAAACGUAAUAACUUUUGUUCUGGUCAAUAUUUGUAAAUUUUCGUUUUUUUCUAAUAAUUACUAGAGCAUCGCGUUAUUGAAACAAGUGAUAACAAGUUAAAAUUUUUAGAAACAUAUUUUUUUUUUAUAAAAUCCAAGAUCAAACAAAAGAUACAAAAUCGCCAUUUUAUAUUGGCGUUACGAAUGUUUACUAACGAGCCGUUAAUUCUUUUAAACAUUUUUUUAGAGUUUGGACAAAUUGAUAUAUUAUUUAGUAAUACCUUUUAUUAUUUUUUUUUAUUUAAUAAAAAUAAUAUAAUAUAAGUUUACAAACUUAACAAUAAUAGUAUUAGGGACGACAGGUAAUAUAAUAAAUAACACGAAUAACGUGAAGGGAGGACCGUCCAUUAAUAGAACCUCAUACCUUAUACCCAAUAAAAACAAUUUAAAUUACCGAAAACUUUAAAAUUUUAGUAAAAUGGGUAUAUUGGAUUUUAAAAAUUAUAUAUAUAACAGACGAAUCAGUGCUAUAGGCUGCAAAAAAUUACGGUUAAUGAAUAUAUAUAUAUAUUUAUUAACCGUGGCAAAAAAUUGCAUUUGUCAGAACUCCGCGAGACUACUCUGAAUAGUAUAGUAUAUAUUAUGUACACACAUCACACGUGGUGUGCGUUUUUUUUCUCCGCCAUUUUUGAUUUAUUUGCGUUUUUUUUUCUCGUUUUAUAUAAGAAAACAGGAUCCGCCGACAAAAACGACGCUCAACGAAUAUCACGACAAUGUGGGCCGCUACGAAUUUAAGCGCUGAGCGAUAAUAAUUUUUUUUUUUUUCUAAUUUCCUAUCUACGUGGGCAAUAUUUUAGUACUGGACGUAGUAAUAUAGGUAGUGUGCCGGAUGAAGCGAUAAUAAUGUUAUACCUGCAACCUGUCUACCUACCGAAUAAAGUACAGUCAUCAUCAUGUUGACACCCGUGAUCACCGAGAUUUUCAUUUUUUUUUUUCUUCUUCGAGUAUAUUGCCGCACAUUGCACAGUAUUUUGUAGGUACUUAUUAUCGUGUUGGGUUAAUAUUAUUUUGGAAACGUGUACUUUUUCUUUUCGUUUCACAAUCGAUUUAGGUAUAUACUCACGUAUUAUCUACCUACUUACUCGCGAAAAGUGAUGUGUUUAUAUUCACUUUUUAAAAAUUUCUCCCGCGUCCAAAAAAACGACGAUUUCCCUUUAUAUUUGUUUAUUUUUCGAAUCCUAAUAUGUAAUGUUAAAAUCAAAUAAACAGUACAUAUACAUACUAUAUUGGGAUAUAAUACGGGAAUCGAUAAUUACUAAGUAAAAAAAAAUUUGGAGAAGCAAAAGUUAAAAAAAAAUACUUGAAAGAUAAAAAAUGGAAAGCAAUAUUAAAUAAAUUUAAUUUUCUUACGUUUAGCCUUAAAUCGGCCAAUAAAAAAGUUAAUUUCCUUUAAUUUCCAGUUAUAUACACUAUAAAAAUUGUAAAAGAUUGUAAAAUUCAUCAUUAGCGAAAAUUCUGUAAUCGUUUAACUAUAUAGAAAUUAUUAUUUAUUAUGUACGCUAUCAUUUUUUAUGAUGUGCUAAACUCUUGUAAAACUUAUAUUAUAGACGUUAAGAGGUUUGUGAAGGGCGCGCUAUUAUUUUAAUUAGUGGCAUUACUUCAGUACCCAUAAGUCUUAACUCUUAAGUAUACUAAAAUACAUAAGUACGCAAAUAUAUUUCCUUAUAUUGUUACGCUGAAUAACAUUUUUAUCCCUGGAGAAUUUUUAUGUUUUCCUAUAGUUAAAUAAUCAGCUCAAACUAAAACGUAUAUAAUUUCGCGAUAGUAAAAAUGUUUUCAUCAUUGAAGUAUGCUAAAUGUGUAAUCAAAUAAAUAAUACGAUUCUGAGCGAAAUUCGGUUAAACUUGUUUUUAAAUGCCGUGAUUUGUACGAUUUUUCUUAAAAUUGUAACUUUAAACCCGUAUAAAAAAAAACUACUGAAUUACACUAAAUUCUUUCGUUUAACCACUCAGUACGACUUAUAAUGAACCUCAUGUAAAAUUAUCAAGUAUUUCAGAUCGGCCAAAACUAUUUUGUCUACUUUAAAUCAAAAAUGAAAACUAAAAAAGCUCGAAAAUGUCGAAUGCCUUUAAAUGCUCAAAAAUGAUCUUGAAAAUUGUACUACGUCUAGAAAAGAUCAGUUUAAGAAUUUUAUGAAAAAAUCAGGCCUCUACGAUUAAUUUUUUUAUCAUAUUACAACAAAAAAAUAAAUUAGAAAAUAUUGAAACUGUUAUUUUCGAAAACUUUUCAAUUUUUCUUACGUUUUUCCCAAGUUUUUUCUAGUUAUUCAUAAAACUUCAAAGGAAAUUAAAAACCGACUACCCGUGCAUCGUCUUAACAAAAAUUUUUUUCUGAAAUAUAGCUAUACCCAAAUUUCGAAGCAAGAUAUCUGUUAGAAAAAGAAAAUCGAAAACAUCGAAAAUAAUACAAUUUUUACUGUCAUACAUUUGUUCGUUUUUCCGUUUUUAUACAUUUUUUCCGGGUUUUCCAAAUUAUUAAAUGAAAAAUACUUGAAUAAUUGAAAAAGGAUCUACCUGAUUACACGAUUUGGAUUCAAAACGCUACUAAAUAGUUCUCAUGUGAUUUUUUAACUGCGGAAAGAUGUCUGGUAGAAAAGUUGUAACAGAUAGAAAAAAAAUCACGCACACAUCAUAGUACAACCCCUACAGUUCUGCAUUCCUUCCUCCACUCAGAAUCUAAAAUAUAUACUCGUAUUCAAAGAAAUAAUAUGGUUUCAAUAGGUAGUUAACACACACGUUUUAAUUAAAUAUUUGUAUUACUGUAUUUUUAUAUUACUAACCAUCAUUCAGUAUAUUUUAUUUUAUUUUUUUAAAUUUUAUUUUCAACAAUACGGGCUGAGCCCAAUUACAGAAUUAACAAUAACAUAAUAUAAAGUAUGAAAACAACAAAAAACCUGUAUAAUCGUGUAUAAUAUAUGAUACGUUUAUCGGAUAUACGUGUACAUAGUUAUUAUGUAAUAUAAAAAUUCGAAUUUAUAACGAAUAAUAAACUUACGAAAAAAUAUCGAUUGACGACUACCCGUGCGGAAUAUCCCACUAUUUUCAAUAUCAAUAAUAAUACUAAUAAUACAUUAUUUGUUUUUUAACUAAUAUCAUUUGACUAACAGCUGUAUACAUGACGAAUACAAAAUGUAAGGCAAUAUUUUUUUUUCAAACUGUAAAGAGACUGUUGUGUGGUAACAUAUUAUUGCUACGACAUUUUGACAUGGAUUCCUUAAAAUGUAUUACAUAACGCAUAAAUUGUAUUUGCAACAAGUGUCGACCAGUGGUAAAUAUUCGAAUGGUCUCGUGAAAAUAACUUAAGAAUUUUGUUUAUUAUAAUUUAUUUAUUUUUUUUUAUUUUUUUUUUUUUUACUAGAUUUUAAUAUACCAUGAGGCAAGUUUAAAUAUUGAAAAAAUGUAGACAUUAUAUUCAUACACUAUAUACUUAUCCAUCAAAUAUAAAAUGUAUAAUAAAUUCGAUGAGUAAAAGUAGAUUGGUAAACAAUAUUUAAUAGAUUCGUGAGAUGGUGCCGAAACGCAGAGUCAAUUUGAAGUUUUUAAAAUGCUUGCGUUUGGUUUUUAGGCACCUAGGCGUACAAGGUAUUCUUGGAUAAUUGCCGAUGAUAAGUAUAAUUUCUAUAGAGCGGUUUUUUUUUUAGAAGAACUUGGCGGAUUUUUUCGGUUACGUGUAUGUGUUCACGGUUCUACCCGUAGUUUAUCAGAAGUUAAGUAGCAGUGGUUACUGGUUAGCUAUAAUUGUAUCUAUUAUACCGGUCAGUCAAAUAUUUUUUUUUGUUUAUCAACUUUUUCAUCGGGAUUUUGUUUUGAUUGUUUUCAUUAUUUAAAGAAAGUUUUUUACGAUUUAUAAUAACAAGUAUAUAAAAGAGAAAUAAGUUCUCAAUGAUCAGAAAUGUUAAAGUUACGUUAGGCGUUUGGUUACAAUGAUUGGCUAUAAUGACUAAUUUUAACUAGUUCCUUGAAUAUCAUUAUAAACGGUUUCUACUGUAUUUCCAUUUAUUCGCCCAUUUUAGAUUCUGAGGGGAGCGUGGAAGCUUAUGGUUUUACAAAGAUGUUGAUUAAAAUUUUUUUUUUUACCUGUAACAUCUUUUCUACCAGAAGACUUGCUUGGAUUUUUAAGUUUAGCAUUUUUUCUCAAAGAAAGUCGGUGUUGGAAGGUACUAUAAGGAGGUCAUUUUUUUGAUUUUCUCAGAAGUUUUCUCAUUAAAUUUAAAAAUCUGAAAAACAGAGGAAAAACGUAUGAAAACUGCAAAAAUCGGUACAACAUUAACAAAAAUUAUUAGAGAAAAUAUACAAAGCUUAUUAACUAUUUUACUAUAAAAUGACAUACAUAUUGUUGACAAAGUAUCAAUAUCAACUGAACUUCGUUCAGAAUCGUUUUUUCAUAAGCAAUGGUUAAUUGCUGCUUGUAGGUAUACAUAAAAUUAUCUAUAGCAGUGGAUGUACCCGUUUCAAUUAUCCUAGGACGUCGUUUUUUAAAUCUAGUUUUUUUUUUUUUUACGAAUUUAUGGAUGAAAUUUUCUGUACAAUUAUUUUCUUAUUACGCCAUUAUCUUGUAAAUUCGUUUUAUGUUUGAAUAAACAAAUCUUUAGUUUUUUCGUUUUUAAAACAUAUUAUACAAUCGUUAUAUUUUCAUGAUUUAACAGUAUCCAAUGGUAUAUCAUCGUUGAGACUUGAGACUAAAACAAAUUGCAUCGUAUCAUUUUCAAAAUACAUUAAGAUGAAAAUUCAUAUUUAAUGUAAGACUGUUCUGUAGAAUCGGUUUUUGAAUGCGAUAAUUAUCGGGUGUUUAAGUGUAAAAUAAUUAUUGUGCACCGAGUUGAGUAAAGCGAUACGAAUAUCCAACAUCUGGUCUUUAUAUUUAAUGAAAUAUAAAUAAUAGGUAAUGAUCUAAUUGUUAUUUUUUUUAAUUGUUUUUUACAAUUAUUCUUAUUGACCGUUAUUUUUUAAAUUAAUAUUAGAUCAUGCUGUUUUAUUUUACUACGUAAGCUGCCUUUAUUGUUUUAGAUUCUGAGCAAAGCGAAAUCAGGUUAUCUGAUUGGCGUGGUACUUAAGAGAGAUCAAUUUUGAUUUUCUCAGUAGUUUUGAUAAUAAAUUGGAAAACCGGGAAUAUUUACAAAAUUUAUUAUCUUCAAAUCGUUACGGCCUUUCAAAUUAUAUAUAACCGAACUUCACUCAGAAUCGUGUUUUGUUAACAAUAGUUAAUUGCUGUGUACUGCAAAUAUAUAUUCAAUUCACUCACUACCUUCCCAACUUCUCACUUACAACAGGAGCUCACACAACGUGUGAAGUAUGUUCGUUUGCUUUUUGUAAUGGUAUUAAAACAAUUUUUAACAUUUCAUCUAAUAUACUCGUAUUAUAAAUCAAGAAUUUUAAUUUAGUAGAAAUAAAUAUUCAAAUUUAAAAACUAUAUAUUAACAGCAUUUUCAGUAAUUUAAAAACUUUCUCGUUCAGAUUUGGAUUUAAAAUCGAUUGUACAUAUAACAUUUGAUUUAAACUCUUGAGUAUUUUGUUAUAUUGUUAUUUUAUUUAUUAUUCAUAUUAUUUGUAUGCCGAACAGGCAACAGGAAAAUAAUAAUUUAACUGUUUUAUCAGGCAUGGUUGUUUAGUUAACUUAGAGCUAACUAACCAGAGUGAAUCCAAGUUUCUAACAUAUUCUACUGGUUAACGAUAAGCAAUGUCUUCAUUUUAGAUUCAGAUUUUUGGUUUUAAAGUGUUUUAAAUUUUGAGUGGAACGGUGGAUCUAUUGGUUUUACUAUGAUCCAUGUUUGUUUUUUUAGAUUCGGUAAGUAGCUAUUAUUUUAGAUUCUGAGCGAAGUGAGAAAUGUAUUUGUGUUACAAUAAUGUUUAUUUUUAAUACUAUGUACAAAAUUUCUAUCGGAAAUCUUGCUCCAAUUUCCAAGUGUAGCACUUUUUCUGAAAUUAAAUUUUAUCUAGUUGGUACUAUAGGAGGUCACUUAUUAAUUUUCAAUAGAUAAUAAUGAUUUCUUAAUGAUUGGGAAACACCGGGAAAAUUACGUAGAAAGAACGGCUAAAUUUAUGAAAAUAAUGCUUUUAUUAUUUUAAAAUAUUGAGCCAUUUUUGAGCUAUUUAUAGAUAUUUUAAUUUUGCGAAUUUUUUACGCACAUUUUUUUUGGUAGGUAUAAAAUUAUUUGACCAAUCUGAAUUACUUGAAAAUUGAUUUGUAGGUUCAUUAUAAAUUGUAUAUAAAUAACUUAGUGGUAAAAGAAAAACAUAAGUUUAAUGUAAUAUUUUUUUUAUGGUUGUUUCAAGAUGAAAUUUUAAAGAAAACCGUUAAAGCACGGCAUUUUAAAACAAGUUUUACCAAACAUCGUUCAGCCAUAGAUUUAUCGUUGGGUACAGCGUACAGAUAAAAAUUAAAUAACUCGUGUUCUAUAUACCUUUUCAAAUUUCCAUAUAUUUUGUUUUCUCUUUAAAUUAUGAUUAAUCCAUAAAACGUAUAACAUAAUUCCAGGAAAACACUAAUACAGUAUACCUAGCCCUUAUAAUUGCAGGACAACUUUUAAUCACACGCACUUUACUUUACUGUGGAGAUUUAUUUUAAAUAAGUAGAAUAUAUUUUGUUUAGUUUAAUAAAUAAUAAUAAUAUUUUGGACGACACUAUCAAGUAGAGAAUAUACUUAUUUUAAGUAAGCAUUAUUCAGAAAUUUCAAAGCCUUAUUACGAAGAGCCGUAUAGAGCCGUUUAAUUGUUUAUUUCCAUUUUCCUCAAGCGAUUUAAGAUUAUCUACAGGCAUUCGCGAACGAUUAUUGUGACAUUAUUCGCUUUCAACAGUAAGUUGUCGUUUUGUUUAUGUGCAGUAACGAUAAUAUGAGACGGAACAACAAGAUAAUUUUACGGUUACAUUUAACGAGUUUCUUUUUAGAAAACGUGAUGACAACUUUGACAUGUUUAAUAAUAAUAAGUAGCAUUAAAGUGUACCUAAUAUUACGUUUGUACAUUUAUUUUAAAACAGUGAAAUAUGAAUAAUUACGAUGACAAACGAUUUUGUUUUAAAACGUUUCGUUGGCCUUAAAUAUUUUGAUAUUUUGAUACAGAUUAUAAAAAAUAUUAUUACUUAUAUUAUAAUAUUGAUUUAUCAGUAGAUUAUAUUAUUGGUACUUACCACCUAUUCGCCAUAUAGUAUUUUCAAUGUAUUUAAUUUCAAACGAUGGCCUUUUGAGCAUACUUGCGGCAUUGAAUUAGCAAGAGUUAACGGCUUUUCCAAUUAUGCGGCAAUACGAAAUUAAUUUAUCGUCCCUAAGUUUUUGGCUGUUUAACUGCAUGAUGAUUUAUCAUCAUUAGCUAUUUAAUAAUAAAAUGUGUAAAACCUUAAAUUUAACGUUGUCGUCCCCGUAUAAUAUUAUUUAUCGGGCGUUAAAAUAAUGGUUAGAACCUAUAUAUAUAUACCUACAUACACAUUCAUAAUUCACUUUCUUCCAAGUAAAAAAAAUAAUUUUUAUACUGAAAAGAUUGUAUUGAAUCAAAAAGUUUUAAUUUUCUUUGUUAUCCGUCACGUGUAAUAAAAACAAUAUAUUACGAAUAAAAUGUUGGUAGGUAUACGGAUAAAUACAGCCCCGAUUUAACUUUAUCGUGAAUUAUAAAUUAUACAAAUUAAUAUUGAAAUAUAAAUCAAAUCGAAUAGAAAAAAUAAAUUAAAUUUCAAAAGUUGCGCUAUAAAUAAUUAUAUAAUCACAAUUUAUUAACCGACUUAUGAUUAGUUAAUAAGCAUUCACGGAUAAAUAUAAUAUAUUAUGUAUAUGUAAUUAUGACAGGAACACACGUUGAUUAAAAAACGCGUAUAUAAAAUACUCAGUAAUGCUGUCCAGUGCUCGUAUUAGAUAUAACUAAACAAUUAUCUAGAGAAAGAUAGAAGAUGAAUAAUUAUAAUUUAUCUAGAUAAAGAUAAAAGAGAAAAAACAUUUGUAUGCUUAAAGCUGAUAGGGCAAAUGUAUUGAUUUUCUAGGCUCAGUUAAGCCAAAUUGUGUACAAAUUUAUAAAAGUUAAUUUAAUCUUCUUACGUGCUAACUCGUUAAGUUAAACUGUUUAAAUUAAAGUUAAUUAAAUUUAACCUAGUGUUAUAUAUUUGUAAACUUUUUUUUUUGAGGUAGGUAUAGUAUAUUUGAAUUUAGUUUGAUAACUGUAGAGAACUAUUGAAGUUAAUAUAAUAAUAAAAUUGAUAAAUCAUAGAAGAAUAAACAGCCAAAGUUAAAUGCAUGAAAUAAACUUAACAGCAUGUAUAGGUAACUAUUAUUUAUUAAUUUUAUUAUAUCUAUCUAUUUUACUAUGUAUAAUUAAUGAUACCACUAUCUUAUGAAUAAAUAUAAAACAUUAUCGUUUGAAUAGUAAUUUUAGUUUUUCAAUAUUUUUCAAAAAAAAAAAAUGAAAAAGUAUCUAGAUAAAUUUACUUAAAAAGUAAAAUAUUUAUCUAAAUAAUUACGAACACUGGUGUUUCUAGAUUUCAUAUACAAACUGAAAAAUCUAUGUAACUAAAAUAAAAUAAAAACAUUUUUUUUUUUUAAAUAGACUCUUAUAUCUAUAGGUUAUUAUGCAUUUCGGACUAGAUAUCUAAUGAAUAUUAUUAAUUAUUGUGAAAUUGACAGUAUUUAUCGGAUGAUCAAUUGUAUUUCGCAUGCCUAUAUUAAUUAAGUAUUAAUUAUUAUAUAUAGUAAUAAUUAAAAAAUUAACAAUAAAUUCCUGAAUAAAGUUCAAUUUGUUCAAUUUACGAAUAAAAUAAUACAAUUAUUUGUACAUAUUUUUUCUUGAGACGUUCUCGAAUCAAUCGAAAAGCGUCUUAUUAAAUAAAAAAAACUAUUCGAAAGUUGAUAAACUGUUAAUUGGUUUUCAUCAAAUUUUGUAUCGAUUUGAGAAUACCCCCUCCCCUCUUUCCCAAAUAAUUAUUCUAACGCAAUGUAAUAACAAUUAUGAAAUUAUAAGUCGAUUUUUUAACAAAUUUAUUAAUCAUACACAACAAGUUUAAAGGUUUAAACUAAUGUUAUUAUUUUAUAAUUCAAAAUUAGGAAAGUUUAAAAUGUAUAUUAUUGAUGUUAUAUUAUCUUGUAUACCUGGGCAAAAUUUAUACCUUGUAUGCAAUGAUUAGUAUUUAUACCAAGUUAUAAUCAUCGUCUAUAACUAUUAACUAUAAUAUAUGUUCUACAGUAAUCAGUUUUUACUACUUGUUUAUUACUUUUUUUUUAUUAUAUAUUAUAAAUUAUCAUAAUAAGAAAAUUGCAUAUUGUGUUUUACAACAUAUGUUGAAAAAUAGUCAUUAAACUGUCUGCGCGUAAUGUAAUAUAAUAUAAUAUAAUGCUUACGUUUGUUAAUAUUAAAAAAAUAUUAUAUUUAACAAAUGUUUAAAACUGUUCUCAAAAAGGAAAAUAUAAAUAUUGUGUUCGAUUUUUCUCCUGAUUUGGGGGGAGGGGACAUUAACUGCAAUAAUUGAACAACACCAUUGUAUUGAUUUUUACACUUUCAACUUUAUUUUGUUUUUUAAUUUAUUUUCCGAUUUAAUGCUAACUGGACAACGCAAUACAUGGCCUAUAAAAAUUGGCAAUAACAAUUAAUAUAAACUGUAAAGCUUAUACGACGUACACUAUUAUAGAGAGAAGAAGACAGGGUAGUUCUGUAUGACGGGUAAAAUUGUAUGGUGAGGUUAUAUCAACAAUACAUUUUUAAAAUUAAUUAAAUUACAAUUUUCUUCCAUUCAAUCAAAUUAAAUUCGUUUUCGCGCAAAUUUUUGUUCAAAUACAUAUUAUACCGUAUGUUGCAUUUUCACAUAAUAAAUUGGAUUGUUCCAUCCACGGGGCAAAAUCGUUUACUAGAAUACUAAAAAAAAAAAACACAAAAUUCACAUAGAUUAAAUCGGAAUUUAUAAUAAUCCUUUUGACAUAAUAUCAUUGACUAGUUUUGUGAUUGAAACGUUCAUUCUGAUUAAAGUUAUAUCAAUGAGUUUAUAUUUUAUACAAAAUUGCAAUAAGUAACAUGGCAUUGCUUUGAUUUCCCUUUCCUAUGGUAACACUCGCGCAAAACAAUAAAUUAAUUGGAUAAAUUCACACGUAAAAAUCAUUUAUUAGAGAAUACUGUGUACUAAAUAUUAUUCAUAAACGCGUAUUCCCGUAUUUUAUAUUUUAUUAUAUGGACUUAUAGUAUUACGUAGUAUUUACCGAAUGCCUGUUUGUAUAAAUGAAUUAUGGUAAUAUAUUCAUUUUUGUAUUAUUUUCAUAUAAUCACUGGGUCAAGACACGACGUAAACGUUACGUGUGUUUUUUUAAAAAAAAAAAAAAAAAACAUUCAUUAGAAACCUCUGCAUUCACCGAGCAUAAAAAAAAAAUUAUAAAUACUUAUAUUUUCUAGGAAUAAUUCGUAUUUUAUCUUAUUUUUAAACACAAAUGUAAUAAAUUUAGUUUCCCGAUAAGGGUUUAUUAAAGAAAUAAAGGCGUUCGUUGUAAUAUUAUUGUUGUUUAUGGGCGGCAUCACAGUUUUUAUCAUUUUGUCGUUCAUUAUGUAAAUACGCUAUAAGUGAAUUCAAUAAUUUGUUUUCAUACUUGGAUUUUUACAAUUAUAUUAAAUUAUUGAAACUCACUGUUUUUGGUGGAUAUAGUUAAUACACCGAGAGCGAAAAUAAGCCAUUGCAAUCAAAAAACGAUUUUGAGAGGAGUUUGGUAGAUUGUAGUACCUGCGUAUUGGUAAUUGGUAGCGUUUUUCUCCUUGUAGCCAACAUAACCCGGAAAUGAACAAAAGUAAAACCGGUAUAACGUCAUUUUGUUGACAGAUUUUUUAAUUUGUAGAAAAAUAUUUUUACUCGUAUUCAGUCGUAUAUCACCAGGUAAAUAUAUUCGUAUCUAUUAAUCAACGGCGUAGACAAUUUCGGAGCAAAAACGAACAUUUAAGUAAAACUAAUAAAGCGUUUUUGCUACAAAAAUUAUUAGUUUGGGCAUGUAUCGUUUUUAAAUAAUGUUAUGAAUCAAUCAAUAUUUUCCAAAUCUAUUUAUCGAUAUCUGUUUUUUAUGUUAUUGACAAUAUUAGAAAUGCAAUUUAAGGAUAUCAUAGAAUAUCAAUUAAAAUACCAAUCAAUUUGUACGCCCAUUAUUGAUUUUUUUUUAAAAAACUAUUUUUAAUUUUCUACGCUGAAUAAAAAAAAUUUACACGUAUAUGAUUUUCCUUCCUUGGGUUUCAUAAUUAGUUAUUAAAUGAAAUAUAACAUUCCUUAUAGGUUCAUUAUUGCUAUGAUACAGGAUACGCUGUGUAUUUGGCCGAGAUAAAUAAUCAAGUACAGGUAUCUUAUUCAGGUAUUUAGUUCAUACAGUGGCGUUACACGUAUGCAGAUCAUAGCAGUGUAUAAAAGCUAAAAUAACUCCUAAUUAUUAAAAAAAAUCUAUUACAUAAAAAAAAAAAAACAAACGAGGAACUACACAAAAGACUUGUCGAUAUUUAUGAUCGUAUAACUAUGUUGUUAGCCUAUAAUUAUUGAAUAGUAAGUACCUACUUUAUAAUAUUAUACUCGUUAUUCUUAUAUCGUAAUAUCGAUAAAAUAUAUUAUGUUUAUUAGCCAUUUAAAUAAAAUACGUGAUAUGAAAAAAAAAAUAAAUUACAUUAAUAGUUGCAUAAUAAGUUAUUAAAAAAAAAAAAAAAAAAAAAAAAAAAAAAAUAAAAAUAAAAAAAUUGUAAAAUGAUUCAUAUAAUAACGUACCUACCUAAUUAUAUAUAACGUUAAUAAUAUUUGUGUUAUUAACAUCUUAAAAGACGUUUUAAAUGUCAGUUUAACUGACACUUCGUCGUUGUGCCGGAUGUAUCCGAAUUGGUUCCCAUUUGAAAAACGUACAUUAUGAAGGUGAACCAAAUUGGUUCUCAUUUAAUACAAUAACCGCAGUGAAUGUAGGUAUUAUGUAGUACAUUUUUAAACUUUUAAUUAACUUUUAUCAUAAUACGGCGGGUAUUUUACGGUCAUCAAGGUAGUAAGAUAUCGUUACAUCGGUGUAUUGCCAAAAUUACCGCAAUCGAUUAAGAUAAAGGCAAUCCAUCUGGAUAUAUGUAUCUAUAUGGCUAUAUGUACCGAAUAUCAGAAAUGGUUCAAUUAUAAAGUCUAAGUAGUUCUGAGUUGACACUCCUAAGAAUAAGGUGGGAAAUGUGCGUAUUUGACUAUAUGCGAACAGUGGGAACCGAUUCGGAUACAACCGUUGCGCCUGAACCCGGUGGAAAUGCAAUUUAAUCGACACGGAUCGUUCAUAAAUUGUACGAUCGAAUGGCUGGGGUAGUCUAGGCUGGGUUAGGUUAUCUGUUGGCAAUUCGAAAAAAAUAUUAACAAUAUUAUUAUUAUGUUCUAUCUUCUGUUAACGUCCUCGUUGAAAAUGUAUUAAUGCACACCUUAUAAUUGUAUAGAAACAUCGCAUUAUUUAUUCGAGUUAAUUAAACGUCAUGCACUGAUAUGAUUAUUAUGUUUAUGUGCAUGAUAAUAAUACGAUAAAUACUUGCUAAUACUAAUUGUAAAUUAUGGUUUACGCCGUCAGCUAGCCGAUUGUUAGGUAUUUGUUUGCACCUCUAUUAUAACAUUCUACGGGUAAAGACACAAUAAUAAUAUUACCGGAACGCUUUCGGCGUAGCCGUUUAUUCACUAAGAUAAUAUUCACAGCGGUGACGUAUUUUUCGGAAAAAUUUGAAUUUUCUUAGGGAUGUUUUUUUUUAUAAUAACUCGGAAAAAACCAGAAACAACGUAUCAUAGGUAAACAGUAAAACAUAUUUAUUUAUUUGAAUUUUUUUAAUUUUUGUAAACUACGUUUUCUGCCAGAAAUAUUGCUCGGAUAGAGAAACGACAAAAGAACUUUUUAGUUGCACUUUUAAUGUGGUUGGCUAACAAGAAAGUAGUAUUUUUGAUUUUUCCCGUUGUUUUUAUUUUUUUAAACCGAGCAAAAUGAAAGGAAAUGUAAGAAGAGUGGGAAAAUGUAUUAAAAUAAUGAUUAUUUUAUUUUCAAUUUUGUUUUUUUGCUGUAAUUCAGUUAAAAUUAUUCGUUAAGACUUGAAAUUUUGACAGAAAAUUGAUUUUUACUUUUUAUAACGCGGUAAAAUGUUCAAAACAUUUGCAAACAUGUUUGCCUUUUCUUUUUAAAAUAUCUGAGCCAUUUUUGAGCUAUUUAUAAAUAUUUUAAUUUUGCGAGCUUUUUACGUAAUUUUUAUUUAGUAGGUAUUAUGUAGAUACAGUUAUAAGAUUUAUCAUAAACAAAAAUACUUGAAAAUUAAACAGUAGGUUCGUUAUAAGACGUAGUAUUUUUUUUUUUUUUUUUUUAUAAUUUGAGAAACGGAAAUUUACGUUUCUUAUAAUUAAGGACUCUUCCCACUUUCCAAUGUCUUGUUCCUAUACUUAAAUAAGAACUGUUCCCAAGCUUCGUUCCUAUGAAAGGAACCUUCCCAAUACUACUCUUAAUAAUCAAGAGACAAUAAGAAAUCAAGACAUUAGGAAACAAUAAAUAGUUAAAAUCGUAUUUUAAAUAGUGUUUUAAUAAAUCGAUAAACGCGCUGAUUCGUAAAUCAUUACCAUUUCAGUUUACCGGUUUUAGCAUAUUAUACUAAACCGCUAGAUGGCGAUAGAAUUAUCAAAUACGUAGCUAUAAUUUUAAUUAAACAUUUUGUGUAAAAAAAUUACAAUAGAGAGUUAAUAUAACAUAAUUAUUUUAUUUGAAUCAAUAUUAAAAACAAAAAGGUUUGUUAAUCAUGUUUUGAAAUGAUUUAUUCGAUUUUCGUCUAAACGUGAUUUCAAAAGCUGAUAAAAAUGAUUCUAUUUCACUCAUUUUUUCCUUCCGGCUAGUUAAAAUGUAUUAUUGUAAACUAUGUGUUUAAUUUUUGAUAAUUUUUCCCAUAGCAAUUUUAUCCAUAUUAAACGAAAUACAAAUUAAAUAACCUCGACAAAUUUAAAUGGCUAUAAAUAUCUCAAAAAUUGCCAAAAUGUUUUGAAAAUUUUAUCACAACUACAGAGAACUAAUAUAAAUUUUAGAGGUCUUUAGUAUUUUUUUAAACUAAAUUGUAACAAAAAAAAAAACAGAAUUGAAAAUAAUAAAAACAGUUAUGACAAAAAUAUUUCCGUUUUUUCGACGUUUGACAUUUUCUAGGUUUUUUUAGUUUUUAUUUGGCUUUAUAUGGAUACAAUUAUUUGGCAAAACAGAAAUGCUUGAACAUUUAACACGAGGUUCAUUCGAAACUCUACUUAGCGAUUAAAGUAAAAAUAUUUUAGCGUAAUUUAUUCGUUUUUUUUUUUUUUAUAAGCGUUUUAAUUUUAAAUAUUGACGAAAUUCGUAAAAAAAAAAGACGUCAAUAACUUAACUUCGCUCAGAAUCGUAUUUCGUUAGCAACGAUUUAUCGUUUCAUUUGUAUAUAAAUUAAAUAAGUUUAUGUACUGUAUCUUCUUAACUUCCUAUCUAUUCGUAAAACUUUUGCACGUCCAUCAGCAGUAUCAGAUUUUUUUAUUUUAAAUCGUUUAUAUACAAAAGAACAAAAUAAUAAUUCUACCUACCUACUAUAUAAUCUCCACCUGUAAAACCAAUAUUUACCUCUCAGGGUUUUUGUUUUUGCAAACAAUAUUUAUGGAGGCUCAUUACGAUAACGUGUUCGUUUUCAUUUGGCCGAUAAGCAGUUUUCAUUGAAUUUCAUUGAGCGUAAAAGUUUUCUGUUUUUAAGAAAACACUCAUAUGUGUUUAUAAGCAUUAUUGAUGUGGGUGAAAAUAUCGAAAUGAAAAUCAAUUAUCACCGAAGUUUAGAAGGUGCAUUUUUAGUACAUUGAAUUGUCGAGUGCGAAUGUUAUUAUAUAGAUGAGUCCUGUGCUAUUUUCGAUUCAACUGGAAAAAAUAGGUGUAUUUUAAGUGUCAGAAAACAUUACGGUAUUUGUGUAACAAUCAUUUGUUUGUUUGUUUGUUUUUUUUUUUUAAAUUACCGCCAAAGUUUUUGUUUGGUAUUAUUAUUGCGAUGUGGUUUUCGCACUAUACACGAUAAGUACAUAUUAUUUUAGCCAUACCAUGUAAACUCUAAACGCUAUCAUAGUGAAUAGCCGAUUUUCGUUCAUCAUCGUUACGCAUAUUAUACCUGCAUUACAUACCUACGGUUCACCAAAAGUUAAAUUUAUGGCUAGAGUUUCCGGCAAGCAGCGUCAAUAGAUUAAAAGGCGAUAUUUUUCGUUUUUGAAUCGCGUCGGCCUUUUUUUUUUCUUUUUUUUUUUUUAUUCGCGCGUUAAUAUUAUCAUUAUAAAAGGGAAAAUUCAAAUUAUAAUCCUUGGCCCAUAUCGUCGACGUUAUUAUAUUUUUUUCUCCCGACACGAUUGUGACUACUCGAAUAUCGGGCGAUAUAUCACAUUGUAUAGGGUUUAGGAAAAGUUAAUUUUGUUUGUUUGACGAUAAUAUGACACUGCCACCGAAAUGCGGACGGACGGACGUUAUCUACCCUUAUUAUCUACGCGACGUGGUUUAUUGUUAUUUAUACUCUUACGCGCAAUUCCGGUUGCCGGUUAUAAAACAGCCGAGGGAGACUCUUAAUUGAUAUUAUAAUAAUAAACGUAUAAUAGGUACGUACAUUUUUAUGACCCUUUUUUUUUUUUUCAUUUAAGAGCUAGGGUGCCGCGGGGACAUUUCCCCGACGAUUACCAUCCGUUCGUAAAAUCGAAAUUAUUCGAAUAACGCCGCGGACGGAUUCUAAAAUAUAAUAAUAUACGAGUCAUACGCGAUGUAAAUAUUAAUUAUAAUAUUAUAUCGAGGAAUGCGAGAAUUCCGAUAAAUCAUACGCGAAUUACGCAGUUUCACGACGUAGAACGUACCUACUGCGUUUGUCUACGUGCGGACGAGCGUCUCGUGUACACAAUAAAUAUUAUAUUGUGGGUGCUCAUUAUAAUAAACACAAUGAGUUCCAGGGCUUAACAAUUCUUUACAAUCGAUCACUGGUAAACAGCGGCGUUACCAUCAAUUUUUUCCGAGAGUAUACUAUAGUAACGUUCCGCGGAGUAUUUUGUGUCUUUCGUAUGUUUUUCGAGGGUACCCGUAAAUGACUGCUUAUAGGGAAAUAGAAAUAAAUUAUACGAAAAUCAAAUUGAAAUCGCCAAAUUAAAACACGCUGAAUUUAAAAAAAAAUAUUGUAAACCGUAAGAAAAUAUUCCGAAGUUUUUAGGUAAAAUUAUUGAAAUAAAAUAAAAUAGUUUUAAUUGUAGCAUUAUGGAUUUUGUGUAUGUUCACGACGAAUUUACAUGUUUUUUUUUUUUCUGAGACGUAUAUUUAUUGCAGUACUAUGUCACCCAUGAUUUCUCAACAAAACGUUCGGAGUUUGCGGAGUAUUAUGUAGUAAUCCCCCUACGUGAACACCACUGCCGCUGCAAAACCCAGGGGCGGAUCCAGGAAGAGAUAACGGGAGGGUCGAUUUUGAAAAUUCAUAUAAGUCACGCAUUUAUCACGGGGUUAAUGAUGAAUAAGAGCUAUAUUGGAAAGUGAACGGGAGGGGGCGAUCGCUCCUAUCACUCCCUCCCCCGCUCUUUGGAAAUGCAACUCGAUUGAUUGCGAUUUUACGAUAUCUAACUAUCGUACGCGCGGAAAAAACGCAUUUUUCCCGAUAAACUCACGCGCCAUGGUUUAUCAAUACGAAAAUAUUGCGACGCACGCCUAAAAAAAUAUAUCGUCGAAUUUUAACAAAUGGUUCAUAAUCGUGAACGAAAUAUUAUACAACAUACAAAACAAACAGUGUUGUUAAUUUUAGAACUACGCACGAGGAAAAAAAAAAAGGUUUAACCUAACCGUUGUUUGUUUAAAGUAACAUUAAAUAGGCGUCAUGCUAUCGUAUUCGCGGUUAUGGAAACGCGAAUGGAUGUCGACGAUUUUCGACGAACGAAAACAUUUAUCUUUUUGAACAAUUUUAGAGUUAAAACAAGUGGUUAUAUAUAUAUAAAAAAAUAAUAUGUAUCCAGCGAACAAUUUUUUUUCAGAGGUCACGAAUAUAAGUACAGAGAUUUUUUAAAAGAAAGAAAAACAAAUUAUUCUUGUAUUGGCGGUAUCGAACUACAUUAUGUUAUCACGGAAAAAUUGUCGUCUUUAUAGAUUGUCGGUGAAAUCACUUUGAACUCUGAGGGUUAUUUUUUCUUUUUGCGCGCACGUGUUUUUAUAAACAAAUUUCACGAGUACACGGUAAAUACUCGCGACAAUGCCCGUUAAUAGUCUACUUUAUAGUUAAUUUGCAAAUUUUUGACUCGAUAAAAUAUCGUAUUUUAAUAUUAUUUAUUUUCCGUUGAAUUUUCUUAUACGCAACCCCUUAAAUAACUAUAACUCGCAGGUACGGUGUCAUAAACAAACAUAAUUUCUUAUAUCGCCGUUUUUGUCUGUAAAAUAUUCAUUAAUACAUGUUUUGAAAUAAUUUUAUUAAACUCUGCUUAUACUAAAAAGAUUAUUACUUUUGUUUUUAUAGAUGGGGCAAUUAAAAACGGUAAGUAACCGUUAAUAUCGAAAUAAAUAAUACGAUUUAUUGUGUUUAGCUCUUCUUGUUCGGAUAAAUAAGAAUAAUAUGGUGAACUAAAUGGUAUUCAGUGGCGUGUUUACAUUUAAUUUAAUAGUUUUAGACUGUUAUCGAAACAUUAACGCGAAAACAUAUACUAUUCGUAUGUUCAGUGUUCUAUAGGCAAUUUAUUUACAUUCAUACGACAUGAGUUGCAUUGGUUAUAUUUCAAGGCUAAUAGUUUAAAGCCGUGUAAACCGUUAUUAACACAUUUAUUAUUGAACUAUGCACAACAGUAUAUUUUAAGCGUUAACAUAUUUAAACCGUUAUAGCUUUUUAGAAAACAAUAGUCUAUUGAAUUGUAUUCGUAUAUAAAUGUUUUCUAAAAAUCUCUGCUAUAAAAAUUUUAUAGUACAAUUUGAAUUUAAGUUCCAUAUCCUAAAAAAAAAAAAAAAAGUGGCAGAUCAUCGUGGGACACUGUACAAUAAAUUAUCGAACACGAAAACAAACAAUAUAUUUACUGGGUAUUUUAUGAUGUUCGUUCAAACUACAAAAGAAUCGGGCAUCCAAAAAAAUAAUAUUAUAAUAUUUAUAUUUAGAGUUUGUAAAAUUUCAUUAAUUAUAUUUUUUGAAAUUUUUCAAAAACUUUCGACAAAUAUUUCAUUUUGAUGAAAACCAAAAUAAAAUAUAUUUAUUUUUAAAUUUAAAAUUCAAAUAGUAACCAUGAUAAAUUUCUAUAAUUAAGGCAUGAACUGCCUUUUACAAUAAUUUUUAACAACAAAUUGAAAUCGUCUGCAAUUAACAAAAUAGUUCAAUCGGAUUUAAUUUUUGACACUAUAGAUAAUAUUUUUAUUUCGGCACAAGGCCAGUUCGUAUGAAAAUGUACUUAUUUAUUUAUGUAAAUUUUAAAAUUCAUCCAAUACUACAAAAUCAUAAAUUUAUAGUUAAUAAAAUAUCAUAGUUAAAAAACAGUUAUAGAAAAAAAAUGUAUUUUUCAAGCGGCGUGGAAACUUCAAGUGAAACAUUCCGUACUCAUAACUUUACUUAUAUUUUACUGACCCCAAAUAGUUGGGACGAAGGCGAAGGAGAAUAAGAUAAACCAAUUUAUAAUAUAUGUACACGGGAAUGUAGGAAAGUAUUUAAAAUUGUACUUCAACACGGACGAUAAUUAAUAUCGGGGACAGUUAUGCAAAAAAAGAAAACUAACAUAAUAUUAUUAUAAUAAUAUGUCGUGCUAUUGAGUCGGUGAUGAAACGGCGUGCUAAUGACAUUGCGACAAAUAUUUCUGAUUUCGUGUUCGUUAUACCAUAUUGCGCUCGCGUGCCAGACAACUGGACGUGUAUUCAAACAGUUAUGCUGUAACCUGGAUACAGAGCGAUUCAGUAUGCGGUUCGUCAAACACAAUAAUUUUUGUUGCAUUCAAUAUUUUCAGGCGUUUUAUUUAUUUAUGCACAAUAUUGCUCCAACACUGCAUUGCAAUAUUUGAAACAUAAAGUUCGAUUUUUUCAGAGGUUGGUCACCUAAACGAAAAGUAUACGAAUUCUAAUACGGUUAAAACGUAACAAAUCCAAACAUAUCGAUUUUUUUUUUUUUUACUUUUUAUUUUAAGGCGAACUUUUAACAGCACGCGACGAUAUAAUAUCGUACAACGAUAAUUGCAACUAAAAAAAGGAAAAAACAAAAAAAAAAAAACGAUUACGCCAAAACACCGUCAAACCGUAGUAUAUUAUACGAUACGAGUUUGGUAUUAUGUACGGUGAAUCAUCCAAUGCACAAUGAUGUCUUAUUUGGUCUUAGUCCGCAUAAAAUACAAUGCAAUUGGUUGAGUAAUUGUUAUUUAUUUCGUUAAAAAAAAAAAAAAAAAAAAAACAAAUGUUAUAUUGAAAGUUAAUGUUUUUACCGAUAAGUUAUCGGGCCGAUACCGACAAACCCGAAAUCGCGUUGCGCGGCGAUUCGUCCUGUAUAUCGCAAUGACGGUGGCCGCGACGUGCCGCUGGCGCAACAAUAAAUUAGCGUUCUCGUCGCGGAUCCGUCGUCGUCGUCGUCGUCGCGGGUCCGCGCGGGCGUUCGACCUCCGCCGCCGCGGACCUGUAGUAGUCGACGUUGUCGUGGAAACGCACGUCGACGGCCGGUCGCGGCAACGGUCGGACGGACCACAUAAACGUCUGGGUGGCGGGACCGAGCCUCGCCGGGUACUUGUGUCGGUCGUGCGCGACCGUUUGCCCGUCGUGCGACGGGCGGUGCUGGUCGUCGCGGGUCGGCGGCGAUUCGGUGCCGGCGGCGGCCCGUCUGGUUUCCGUUUCGCCGACCUCCGCGACGGGGGUCGCGGUCGUUCCGUCGACCUCCUCCGAGGGUCCGGCGGCCGUCGGCGAAACGUCUUGCGAAUGGUCCCCGUACUGCUGCUUAUCCGGCGUCUCGUCCGGCUUCUGCACCGCCGUCACCCCGUCGCCGCUGUCCGGAUUCCGCGCCGGCUUUCCGUAUUGUUGCGCCGGUCCCCCGUCGUCGUCGUCGUCGUCGUCGCCGCCGUCGUCGGUGACCGCGUACUGGUUGGUCGGCCGGUCGGAAUUCUCGAAAUCGCCCAACGUCCAUUUCCGGUCGGGAUCCGCGAAAAACAACGCCGGCGGCGGGAACCGGACGCCCGUGAGGAAGUGCACGUUUUGCUCCGCAUCGUCGCCGGCUGCGGCGAACGGCGGCACCGGGCCGCUGCUGUUUUUCGCCGCGUUCAUUUGCCGAUAGGACAGCGCUGCUGCCGGAACCGCAGCGAUAAUAACCCCGGCGACCGCUACAGCCGUCAGCAACCGCCGGAACGUCUGCGCGAAAAAAUAAACACUUACAUUAUUAGGGCCGAUACACCCCGAAAGUUAGUACGCAUAUUUUUCGGAAACCGAUCAAUAUACGGGAUCUAUUCCGAACGGAAUUGAUUUUGAGAUUUUGAAAUAUGAUGGCGUGUUUACGGUAGUCGGUAAAGUAUUAACGGAAACGUAAGCAUCGGACGAGGCGAUAGACGAGACGUGAGAACUUGUGGCACUCAAUCGUCGUAUAAACUUAAAAAAACAGAUUAUUACGCAAUAAUUGUCUUAUUGAACAAUUAUUGUUUAUUGUCUCGAGUCCGACAUAAUAACAAUUGAUGUUGUAAAUUACAUGUUGAAUUUUUGCAAAGAACAUUGGCGUAUAAUCUCGUCGGGAGUAGAGUAGGUUGCUACAACCUGCUCUACUCCUAUGUGGACUUCGUUUCAUUCGUCUCAUCGGGCGAGCCGCCAUUUGUUAAACUACAAACUCCGGUGUACACCGCUUAUUUUUAAUACGGCGCGACUAAUAAAAUUCAGCUUUCAUCGAGUAAAACGCAAUCGUGCACAGUGUACACUCAGAAACCCCAUAACUAGUGUAGUAUUGCACGGUAGAAUACGCAAGUUUUGCGACAUAAAGUUUCACUGAUAUUUAUGUAAUUGUGCGAUAUAAAACUACGCUACAUACUUAAUACAAAAUAUCAUUAAUUUAUGCUAAUGCGAAGUAAAAUUCACCUUAAUCAAAUCGAUCGAAGACCAUACACGGAACGGAAAAAAAUUAUCGCUGUCUGUAGUGCAUUAAAAAAUCAAGCCAAUCUUGUUUUUUUUCUAACCUGUUAAAACCUGUUAUCAACCUAUUAUAUCCGGUAUUUUUUUCUCACAAUCGUUUCAGGAAUAUUUUCGAUUCGUGCGUACGUACGUUUGGAUGUCAAUUAUUGACACCUAAACCAUUAUAAUAAUCGGUGGUUAAAGUGAGAAGAACUUCGAAGGGGGAUUGCAUUGACCGAAAAUUGAGAGGCGUUCCCGAGAACUAACUAAAUCUAACCAAACUUUCAGGAAACUUGUUAUGGAGACAAAACUUCCAAAAUAUUUUUCUAUCACAUAUAAUUGUUUAUGAACAUGUUGUAUUAAUAGGUUUUUAAAAUAAACUAUACCCAUCCCCCGCUCAUAUUAUCCUACGGGUAUGCCUGCUCAGUAAAAAUAAAGUAAACCAUCACAGUUCAGUAUACGUAAAAUCUAAUAGGUAUUAAAGAAUUUAUUUUGAAUAAAACUAUUUAGGGUUUUUAAAAUUUCAUUAAAAAAAUGCCUCAACUAAAGUGUGCCCCGGGCUGUGAACACUCAAACUAAAAAGAGACUAAUAAUUUUACCUGAUAUAAGACGAAGAAAUUCUGUACCCUCCACUUUAACCAAUGAUAAUAGAUGUAUUUAUUUUUUUGUAAUAUUUCAAUAUAUCUGUCCUUUAGAAUAUUCUAGAAUCUAUUGCGAUUUCAGUUUCGUACCAAUAGCGUUUCAAAACUAAAAGAAUAAUUACCUACAGUGAAACCUGAAUACAGACAUGUGUCCGUGUAGACACGUUUUAGUGCUUUUAAGUGGUGUAUUCGUGGGGGUUUAGGGAAAUUAUGGCGCCCUUGAACUUUUUUUCGUAUUUAAUACUUAUAUGGCUAUUUGUUUAUUUUUUAGUCGGAAAAAUCAACAUUUAAAUAUGCUGGUAUCUAUGUAUAGUGCAUAUAGUUAAUAUAUAUUGAACGUAUGCGUUUUCUUGUUUAAAACGAAGCUAACCCGAACCACUGCAUUAUGAAGGAAGUUAGAUUAGUACCUAAAGAGUAAACAAAAUAAACAGUUACUCUACCUAUAGUUAGGUAUUCGAUUCAAUGACUUGAUAAUUUUAGGGUACAGAUAAAAUUACUUACAUAGUUAUGUAAAUUAUCAAUAGUUGGUAUCUUUUUAAUCAGGGCCAGUAAUCGGUAUACAUUAUACGAUAUGACACAAUUUCUAAAUUCAAUAUCUCCCUCCUCGGCGAAAUCCCAUAUACGUUACAGGUGAUUUUUAUAGUCAAUCUUAUGUAAUACACAGAGGCAAAUGUAAAUUUUGUAUUCAAAUUUAUGAUUUGUUUAUAUGUUCAUAUGUAUAUAAGUUACCUAAUUAUAGGUCUACCUAUAAUUAUUUUUUCUGUUGACUUACAUACAUAAUUACAAUACACAUAUAUUAUACACCUACGUCUUAUAUUACACGCAAUACUUGUCUAUAAUUUAUUUUUUCAAAUUUCAAAAAACCAAUAGAAUCGAUCGAUCGGCCGUAUAGUAUUUAGGACUCUAAAAAAAUGUCGGGUGAAAAAAAAAAAAUAAAACACAGAUCUCCGUAAAAUGUUCGUUUCACUGAGAAUCUAAAAUCGUCAAGCGGCGAUCAAAUAAUAAAAUUGAAGAGAUCGGUAACGACUGACGGUUGUCUAAAUUUUCUUCAAUUUCGUAAAUUUGAUUUUUUUUUUUUUUUUUUAAUUUCGACGACCACCAUAUUAUAAGACUUUUCCACUAAUCUAUUGACCCAUAACCGUUUUAGAGGAAAGGGUAUAGAUGUUUAUUUUAAGGAAGACUAUGACGUUUUAGACCGUAAAGCCAGACAAAACUAUACGAAUUGUGUUUGACGGAUUUCAUUUAUGAAAGCGUAUUACGAUUCGUUAUUAGGUUCUUCAUUAGGAUAUGCCAGAAAUAGGAAUUUAAUUUGUUUUUAACGGAAAUCGUAAAAAAAAUGUCAUCGUAUUUUUGAAAAAUGUUCAAAAAAUUACCUCAAGUAUUUUCACACCCUUUUCACACCUUAUGAUGUGAUAAAAUCGAUCAAAAUUAAACAUGCAAUUACGACGUGUUGUAUAAGGAUUUCGGCAGUCUAAACCGGCUAAAAUACACACCGUCACCGAAUCCCUUAAUGUUAAUUAUAACAGUAGUAAUAAUAAUAAAAUGUAAUUCGUUAUCGUGAUGAUAAUAUGUACUGCAAUAAAUACUUACGGUUCGUACAAAGACGGGUUGUGCGAUCAUAUUCGUCGUCGUGAUGUUGGCGCGCGCAGCAGGUAUUAUAAUGCUCGUACGGUCAAAUCGGUCACCUCCAUCGACGCCGGGCACACUGAAUUGAUAUUAUUAGGUGGGUAUGCGACGACAGUGGAACUCCCUAGUUUGUGAAAUACAAAAAUCAUUACCCGCCGUCGUUAACGAUCGCGUUUAAUUACUGCCCUUUACGCCAAACGGCUACGACAAACACCAAUGGUAAUAAUUAAUUAUACGCGUACGAGAUAUUCAUUUUAUUGGUUUUAUAUAGAUAGGUUCCGGCCAUUUUUUUUUUCUCCUUGUCGUGACGCCGCCUGUUAAUCGACUGCGGGCGCUUUUUCUUUAACGACAAUAUUAUUGUGGCCCGCGUGGCCCGCGUCAGCAGUAUAUAUUUUAAUAAAUAAUAUAAUACAUAACAGCGAUAUAAUACAGGGCGAUUGCCUACACGAACGUUUCGCGUGAAUUCGGAUUUCGGCGAUUUUUCAGACAUUUUAGAUUGCGAGUGAACCGAGCAAUGUAUUGGUUUUGCAAUGACGUUUAUUUUUUAACGACUUUGUAAACAACAUUUCCAUCAGAAAUCUUGUUCCGAUUUUUUAGCGCAGUACCUGUUCUGAAAGGCAAUUUUAUCUAAGCCUAACUCCAUGAGUUAUUUUUCUAUUGUCCGAGUGGGGUUUUCGUAACAAUUGGGAGAAAACCCGAGAAAAAACGUAGGAAAUACGGGAAAUUUUCAAUUGUGAUUUUUUUUGUUGCGAUUCAGUAAAAAAUAUUUGUAAACACUUGAGAUUUGGACGGAAAACGUAUAUUUGCGUUUUCUAAAUGUAGCAACAUUUUUAAAAUAUUUAGACCACUUUUGAGCUUUUUAUAAACAUUUAAAUUUUGCGCAAUUUUUUUCGGUAGGUACUCUUUCUAAAUACAAUUGUUUGACCAAACAAAAAUGCUUGGAAACUUAAUUGGAAGUCCAUUAUAAAGUGUAACCAUUAUUAGUCGUGUAUCGUGAUAAAAAGAAAAAAAAAUUGAAUACUAUGUAGAAUUUUUUUUAUAAUAAUUUUAAUAUCAAAUUUUGACGAAAAUCGUAAAUUGUACGGCAUUAAUUAAGCAUUAUCGUAUCGGAAUUAUAUGGCGAGCUGCUAAACAAUUUAAAAAUUUAAAAAUUGGUAAUAUUAUUACAUUUUUAUUGUAAAAUUUUGGAAAUAUUGUAAAUAAAAUAGAGAAUAUUAAACAGUUCUAUAACAAUGAUAAUGAUCUAUAAAAAAAACUACAAAAUCAAAUUUAUCCAAACUCUUCGUAGAUAAAUCGAGACUGUUCAUUAUAAAAUAAUCACUCUGUAUACACGAACAUUACGUGUUCGGUGCCCACAUAAGUACGUAUAUUAUAAUCACAUUAUUAAUUUCCACCGUUAACUACAAUCUCCGAUAUAGAAACAACGGAACUUUGCGAACAAUAUGAUUAUAAUAUCGUUUGUGGCACCCAAUAAACGUUUGGAAAAAACAAUAUUAGUAAUCCGAUAAUGAUACCUACUCGUGGUUAAUGAAAGAUAUCUAUAAACCGGCAAUAGUUUCGUUUAAAUAUUGUUUUCGAUCAAGUUUAGACGCUGGGAAAACUUCUUAUUGUCCACGAAGCAUUUUGAUUUUAAAGAGAUAUUUUAGAUUUUGAGCGCAGCGAGGGAUUGGUUUACUAUGUGUGAUUUUUUUUUUUUUUUAAUUUUUUCUGUCAGUUAAAAUUUUUUUACCAAAUAUUAUUGCUUCAGUUAAAAACGACACGAGUGUAUUCCCGUAGUAUUUCGAAACUUAUUCAUGCAUCAAGGAGGUAAUUAUUUGAUUCUCCGUGUAGUUUUCUAAAUAAUCGGUAAAAACCGUAAACAAUAAACGUAUGAAAACCAAAAAGUUUAUGACAUUAACGAUUUCAUUCGAUUUCGAUUUUUGUUGUAAUUCGGUUAAACAUAAUCGUAUUAUAUUAGCUUUUUCUAGACGUAGUAACAUUAAUUUUAAAACAUUCUGACGAUUUUUAAAUUAUUUAUAGGCGCUUGACAUUUUCGAAAUUUUAAAUUUUUAUUUGGUAUUAUGUGGAUAAAGUUGUUUGGCUGUUGGGAAAUUAUUCAAAAUUUAAUACGAGGUUCAUUAUAGAUUAUGGAUAGUGGUAAACAAAGUUUAGUGUAAUUUAGCAGCGUUUUUAAUAAGUGUUUCAAGUUUAAAUUUUUACGAAAAUCGUAAAAAUUACAAAAUUUAAAACAUGUAUAAACUGAAUUUUGACCUCAGAGUGAUGUUUAUUUAACACCGAUUUAUCAUUACAGAUAUAAAUUAAAUAACUAUGUAUAUCUUACCUUUUUAAUUUCACUUCUUUACCAAUGAUACGCCCAUCAGCAGUAUCAACGUUAUAUUUUAUAUUUGAUCGAACGAUUCAAAAUAGCUGUUUUUUUUUUUUUAAAUAUCUACCAUAUCCCACAGCUUACACUCGCCCGAAAAUGUGUUCUUAUGAAAGGACGCUAAAAGAACAGUGCCUCAGAGCGCUAAGAAUGUAAAAACGUCUCUGGAUGCAUACUUAACAUCCGACAGGUGUUUAUAUAUAUGCACAUAUUAUGUAUAAUUUUAAUUUAAAAUUGGUUCGUCGAACUCACGGAAUAAGGUUAAAACAUUAACAUCAUGCAAAAUAGAGGCGUUUACUAAUUGAACACAUAAUAUUACUCGUUUAUCCGAAAACCGACAAAUCGUUUGCAUAAAAUAAUAAUAAUAAUAAUAAUGUUUACUGAAAAACAUAACCUGUUUAUUUAUGCUAUACGUAUUCGUGGGAAUCUCGACUAAAUAAUAUGUUGAGAUGUUUCUUCUUCGUGGCCUCACCCCUCUCCAAGAUUCUUGACCACCACUGACACUGACUUCCAUUUUCCCCUGUACUGGACGGUUUCCCUCCAAUUUCCCAUCACACCUAGUAUAUUAUAAGAUUAAAAUACAAAAUAGUUUUACGUAUAGGACAAUCCGUGGUCGUAGAACACCUAUCUACCUGCCUAUCCAUAAUUUUUAUUGCUCCGGAAUUAGAAAUCGAUAAAAAUUAAAAUAUAAAAUAUAUUUUAUGAGCGGGAAAAAAUCCGGGAUGAAUACAAAUUAGCCAAAAUCGUGCAGUAUAAGUAUAAUAUGGUAAACGGUUAUAAUUAUUUAUAAGUUUAUAGAUUGAGUAUUCAUAAAUUUUAAAUUUUAAUCGCAACUAUCAUCAUUAUUAUUAUACUAUGUAUAUUUAUUGGACUUAAUACAAACAUUUUUAUGUGUUUUAAACAGGUAGUAUUUUUUUUUUUUUAGAUAGGCAUAUAAAAAUCAAUAAAAAUUUGUUUUAUUAUUUUUGUUUGUUUUUUACGUUCUAUAAUAGUUCACUUAUUGCACUAGUAUCGCGGCUGGAUAUAAAAUCUUUUUUUUCUAUGAACAACUUUAUGCUCACAGUUUAAAAUUUGGGUUUUCGCUACCAUAACUAUAUUCCUCCACGUGUUGUCUCUAUUUUGAACUAUUUUUCUCCUGCAAUUUUAACCAUCAGCCUUUUCAAGCAUUAUUAUUUAUUACUGUCGAUAAUAGUUGUUACGACAGUAAAUUAUAUACACUUAUUAAUAGGUAAUUAAUCACUAGUUAAUAUUAUUUUAUAGAAAUCAACAGUACUUAGUUGAUAACAUUAUAAUAAUAAUAAUAGGUCGUAAAUGUGUUGUCUAUGAUUAUUGAUUAUAAUCAUCCGAAUAUCCGAUAUUUAUUUUAUCGAUAUUUAUGUUUUAUUUACAGGUGCGAUUGAUGUUUUUAAAUAGUUUGUAAAAAAAAAAAAAAAAACGACGGAAUUAAUUUUUAUACAAUAAUAUGCUAGAAAAAUGGUAGUUUUAUGUUAUAAAAUGUCACAUUUAUUAUUAUUAAUUUUCUUAUAACAUUUAUUAUAAAAUUAUUAAGGUCAUCGAUGUAAUAAAAUAUUUGUUUUACGUUAAUUAUUCAAACUAUUAUGAUAGAAGACUUCCCAGUUCCUAGUGAGAAUAUAAUAUUUAUAGAAUACUACUGUAAUACGUAUAUUAUUUUUUUUUACAAAUCGCUACGUUUAUGUAACGUGACGACGUUAUAAACAAUUAUUUUGUAACUGUACGAUUUUACAUAACCGGGUGAGUACAAUAAAAAAUAAAAAGUGUCAAUCAGACGUUCAGACAUGGAAAAAAAUACACAGAUAUUAUUAUUAAGUAAAUGUAAAAACAAAAAUCUCAAAAGUUCAAACUAUGGAUCUUUCGGUAUACUGUUAGUAGGUAUUUAUCACAUUUUUGGAGAAUACUAAAAUUACAUUGACUUGUAACUGUACGCAAUGAAUUGGCGUACAGUUUGGUACCCAUGAGUUUAAAUUAAACAUUAAGUGAUACAGUGAACUACAAAUUAAUCAUUGAUAGUUUCGUACGGCAGGUAUAUUUUUGAAGAAAAUAAUUAAACAAGUGGUUACACACUGGACGGCCCCAGUUGUAUUGUUACUAUUCUAUUGUAUAAGCGUACUAAAAUGUAUAUUUGGAAAGUUUUCUCGAAACUUUUUUGAAUUGUUUCGGUGACAAGCGAUUCCAACGGGAUGAAAGUUUUUUAGGCCAAAUGAAAGUUUAAUUAAAAAUAUAAGAAAUAUAAUUAAAGCAACUUAUACUUAUGUUACGAAUAAAUUAAAUGUAUAGUGAAAAAUGUAUAUUUUAUAACUUAAUCAUUAUUAAGUUAUAAAAUGAGAUGGAAUUUAUUUUAAAAAAAUACUUAUUUGUCAUAUUCGAGUAGAAUCACUGUAGCGUUUAAACAGUUGUACCCAUGAUAUAAAAUUGAAAAUACAUUUUUAGAUUCCAAGCAUAGCGAGGGAGUUAUUGGUUUUAGUAAGAUGUUUAUUUUUUCUUUUUAUAGUCCGUGGACACGUCUUUUUCUAGUAAACUUGCUCCGAGCUUUACGUGUAACAAAUUUUCUGAAAACUCAAGUUAUCUUAAUUGUACUUUAAUUUUUUCGACGCCAUUUUUUAAAUAAAACCAAAUUUGUUGCCUUUUUGAUUUAAUUUUUUACGGUAUCAUCGUAAAAACUUUUGAGAUUUUAAGAAAUUUUAAUUUUUGGGAGUUUUUUUGCUAUAAUUCGGUUAUAAAUACACGUAGAGACUUGAAACUAGGUAAUAAUAUUUAUAUUGGACUUACCUAGACGUGGUAAAAUUUCUGAAAUCACCGGACGACCUUUUUUUUUUUUGAAUAAGCGUUUUGAAAUUAAAUUUAAACGAAAAUCGCAAAAAAAAUUACGGCACUUGAAAUUAUGUACUUUCGAAUUGCGCUCGGAAUCAUCUUUCGUCAAGCAAUGGUUUAUCGUUGCUUACAGAUAUAAAUGAAAUAACCUUAUGUAUCCUACCUCUCCAACUUCUCACCUACAACAGUGGCCGCUCCCAUUCCCAGUAUCAUCUCUUUUUUGAUAUUAACAGUUAAAACAGAAAUCACUUCAAGGUUAUGAAGUGAAAACAAUAUUAGGUAACGAAUAUUGAACAAGAAUGAUGGACAUAAGUACAUAUUCACAAUAUUAUGUUUAAAUUGUCAUUUUAAUAACUAAUGUAUUUUUUAUGCUUACGUGACUUAUUUGUCAUUUUCUGCAAAUUAACUAAAAUAUAUUACUUACAUAAUUAUGAAGGUCGUAUUAUUUUUUACAGCACAAUUUAUGCUAUAAAUUCGUUUUAUUUACCAAAUGGUACAAAACGUCUAAUAAGAGGUAUAAAAGAAACAUAUUUUUUUUGUGACAUGCAUGAGAGAACUACAGUGCAUAAUAAAUAAUAAUAAUUAUGUAAGCGGAAAUAAUGUACUUUUCAAAAAAGAAAAAAAAAUCAUACCAAGAUUUUAAAUCAUUUUUCAUUAUGUAAGUGUUACAAGUUUCCGGAAUCAACAGUGAUGCACAUGGGAACAUUUUCUGUAUAGCGAGAAAAAUAUAAAUUUUAAUACCGCAGUAAAAUAAAAUUGUUACAUUUUCCUCCUUGUCGAUUGAAUUUGUUACGAUUAGAAUGUAACGUGGGAAUUUUUUUUCUAUCACUACUCAACAGUAAUAAUGCAAAAUACAAAUAGGUAGGUUUUGUGUGUUCAAUAGGUUCAAUAGGUGUGUUCAAUUUCGAAUUCACUUAAUAAAUGCCAUAAAAUUAAUUUGAAGUAAAACCUAACGGUGGAAAAACGUAAGAAUUUAAACUCCGGAGUUUCACUAGUGCGAUAAUUAUGGUAUUCGAAUAAAAAAAUAAUAAUACACUAUCCGGUACUAAAACAAUGUGAUGUGAAGCGAGACUGCUAGUGUUUAGCUUUGUUUCGAUAUUUUCGUUUCUGCAUCCUUUACUCUUGAAAUUACCUCAAAUUUGUAAUAUGUUGCUGCAAAAUUAUGUAAAAAAUUACACGCCGUGUUGAAAUUGAUGAAUUUAAGUAAUUGUUUAUAACUUAUUAGUUGGCAUGUUAAGUCUAAACUACUUACAACUAUUAUACUAAAGACAUCGUAUGUAUGAGUAAAAAUAUGGAAUUAAAAAGUGCUAUAGAACUAUAGCAAAGCAGCUCUCAAAUAUAAACUUUUUCUUAUUAAUUUAAGUUGUUUUUAUACGUCUCAACAUGAAUUUUCAUUUAUGUAUGAGUUUGGACGAAAUACAAUCUAAACGGGUUUUGUUGUCUUUAAAUUUCUAUAUAAAUAAUAGAAACGAUCUGAAAGUAAAGUUAUAAAAGCUCAAAUAGCAUUUUUUCACCUAAUGUCACCAGACGUACACCAGAAAAAACAAAAACCAAUUUACGAUUUAUUAAUUUAUAAUGCGCAAUAAGGUACACCUACACUGAUUUUGUUUUUCAUCAAGUAGCUAUACUUAAUUGCUUUUGCAGUAUACGUGUGUGUACAAUCGUUAUUCUUUUGAAACAUUUCGCUGUUUGACUUUCUCAAAGUUUUUAUGCUUUGUAAUACUGACGAAGAAAAUCUAUCUAGAUAUUAUAGUGAUGUACCCCUCGUAAUAUUGAAGUUCGCGUUUCUGAAUGCAAGAGGGUCGCAUCGGGAUUGGUGUAGGGCUAUACUUGAAAACUCGACCAUUAAGCCAACCUAUAUAUAUAAUAUACUUGUAUACAGAAUAAGGUGCGCCCACACUAUUUCUACCCAUCAAAGCCCGAAGAUCGCGAUCAUUGUUCGGAGGCUUAGAUUCUGCUGACGCGGGGAACUAACUUAACCGGGCGUCAUUUCCGUCUGGCGUAACACCGCGGGAAGCACGGCGAAGUUGCUAUUAAUAUAGUUAUUAUUAUAAUUAUCAUAUUAUACGCUGUGGAAUAUUUUGCCGCUUUUGCGCCGCGUUCAAAAAUACUUACCGUAAUAUUAGUAAGUUUUCAUCAUCAACGCCGACGAGAUUAUUUUAAUAUAAUAUAUAGCGUAAAACUUAUUCGUAUAAUAAUAAUAAUAAUAAUAAUAAUAAUAAUAAUAAUAAUAAUAAUAAUAAUAAUAAUAAUAAUAAUAUACUGUCGCGUUUUAAUUACGUCGUUUAAAAUAUUGUUCACACGAAAUCGAUUUAUUCGGUGAAUAUUAUAGAAAAAUUGUCGCUUAUAACAGUGCGUAUCUCAUUUUUUUUUUUUUUUUUUUUUAGUUUACCUACUGAUAGAUAUCAAUAAAUUAGUGUAUUUUGCACUAGAUAAUAAUGCAUUUAUAAAUUUAUUUUUUCUCCAAAAUACCAUUAUUAUUACCUAUGUGUUAUCGUUUUGUUAUAAAUGGCGUUAUCGUUUUCGUGACUUACAGUGAAACCAUAUGUCUAAAAAAAUAAUAAAAUAAAUUAUAGAGAAUUUGUUUUAAUAAUAUCGAUAAUAAUUUCGUUUUAUCAAAUUUUUCGAUACGUACUGUUUUAGUAUAAACGACGAAAUGUAACACGGUUUUUGAGUAGGUAUACUGUAGAAAAAUUGGUAGGUGCCUUUAGGCAAUAGUAUACGUCGCCGUUGUCCUUCGGUGCAAUAUAAUAAUAUUGUUCCCUCAUAAAAAAAAAAAAAAAAAACAAUAUAAAUAACGUCCAUUUAUUAGAUUAUUUAUUUUUGUUUAUAUGUAUGGCAAAAAAAAAAAAAAUUGUCUGUUAAAUUUAUAUUUUAGCCUCCCGGCCACCGGGGUAUGUUUCGACUUCCGGGUGUGUAUCGAUGGAUUACAGUGCUGGAAACAUAUAAUAUUUUGGCUCGUUUGACAAUGCAAACGCGCGGUCUUGUGUCCGUAAUUAGAUUAAUAUAAUAAUAAUUUAUAACGUCCUCGAGUUUUCGUUUUAUAUCAUCGUACAUUGUGACCAGCUGAAAAUCGGCCGCAGGCGACACGUGGGUUUUUGUUUUUUUAAAUAUAGGACGAUUAUUUUUAUCGUGAAACCAGUGACGGUAAUUUAAUUAUGGGAUAUUACAAUACAAUAUAAUAUUAUAAUAUUAAAUUGUAUAAUGUUAAUGAGGGGGGUGACGGAUUCGCGAGGAAACAUUGUGGAUAUACGAUUUAUCAAAAUUAAAUUGUACGCAAAAUGUUCGUACCGUAAUAUAGAUAACCGCUGGUUUGCGAUAAAAGAAUCAUCAGAACGUUAUUUCUUGAGGAUUUUUUAGAAACACGCAUACCAGACUGACGGGGUGGUCGGGAUGAGUAUUAUAAUGUUUUAUGUAAUAUGUGGUGACCUUGGCCCGAACAAUUUUUAUUUUGAAAGUUUCGUGCUUAUGUUAUUAUUAUAAUAAUAUUAUGUUUACCAUCGUAAACAAAUAAAACCGCGCAUUUUUUAAGUUAAGGUCGUGCAAUUUUUCAUUUAGAGCUACGCGAAAUGUGUCUAAACGCACGUUAAAAUAAUCAUUGAUUCAAUCACCCUGCAUAGGUACGGUAUUCGUAUAUUAUAACACAGAAGUGGAUCUGCCCCAGUGGUGUAAUUAAGACUUGGUUUUUUAGAUGGUGGACUCAUUAACAUAAUUAAGAUGGCAAAGGCGCCUACACCAUAUCAAGUAAACUGAUAUUAUAAAAGUUGCGAACUUCGUUAUAUAAAAUCUUGCUGGUUUGCUUGUUUGUAUACAAACAAAAUUAAUAGCAAACAAAGUCUUAAAAUAUAAUUUUAAACUUGAAAUUUACAUUUAAAACCAUCAAAAAUUUCCCGAAAACCUUCAAACGCUCUAAGCGAUAAUUACUUGAGAAUCAACAAUUUUCGAAUAAUCUAAAUUAAUGAGAAUAUAGUAUCAUUUAAAAAUAUACGAAAAUAAUUUGUAGAGGAAACGAGCACAGCACAGAAAGUGUAGAAAAACCAAUGCGAUUUGUAGUAAAAUCCUAGCCGUAAUUAUACCAUUCAUAUUUGACGUCAGCCCAAUUCUCAAUAUUAUUGUAACUUUAAAAAUGUGAUUUUGUGUUUACGAUAUUUCCAAUUAAAACAAACAAUAACGCGUCAUUAAAAAAACAUCAUGUUAACUUUAACAAAAUACAAAAAAAUAUACAACGAAAACGUAAAGACUCCAUCGUGUUGAAAAAUAAUGUAAUUUCGGAUUUAGUCUUAAAUUUUGCGACGAAAACGGUGUUUCGCCUCUCGUCCCGAAAAGUUGCCAUUUAUCGGCCGGGGCCCGACAAAAAUCAUUGCAGGAAUUAGGCCCAAGUGGUUUUGCGACACGAUUUUCGCGUCUGUAUACGCGCAGUAUAAUAUUGCUGACGUCGUUUUCUUUCGUCGCGACGAUAUUAUUAUAAUAAUAUUUCGACCGUUGUACCGUAAAGGCGUACCUAUUGCCGGCGUGAUCGAUCGCGCGCGGACGCAACCGUUCUCGGUGCUCGCGGCGAAUAUCGGUAUAUACACAUAACACAUUAACGGAUACCUACGAGGUGAAAGGUUCCGCCGGUGUCGGAUAUAAUAUACGAGUAUUAUAUUAUUAUUAUUCUUAUUAUAUUGUAUAUCGUGUAUAUGUAUGUAUACACACACACGCAUACAUACAUACAGGUAGUAUAGGUACUGUGUAUAACCGUGAACGCGAGCGCCGGUGUACAUUGAAGUGUCACUAGGCCUUCUAUCGGUAUCUUGUAUUCCGGUGUGUGAUCCGUCAAUUAUACAAUAUACGCGUAGAAAAUGAAAAAAAAAAAAAAAAAAAAACCGUUUUUAAAGGGGAAAAAAAACCCCAUCCGGAGUCGAACAUAGAAAGAAAAAAAAAAAUUAAUAAAAAAAAUGUCCGAAAUUUAAUAAUACAACAAUCUUCGAAACGCGUAUUAUACGCCUAUACCUAUGAUUAUAAAUAUAUAUAUAUAUAUAUAUAUAUACAUGUACAUAUACAUAUAUAUUAUACGUAAUUAAUAUUAUAUUUUGGGGGCCGCAGACGUUUCCCUCUUAGAUAAAAUCGUGUCGUUUUUGUUCUAUAGCUGAACGCGAAAGUAUCAUACAGAUAUUGGUGUACAAAGUGUAAUCAUUUUAGUACUUACAAUUAUUACCACAGACGAUCGAAUUAAAUAUUAUAUGUACGUGCGAUAUGCCGUUGGUUUUUUUUUUUUUUUUUUUUGGAAACAAUAUCAUUAAAAAAAUAAACAAUAAUCUCUACGAGGGGUAUCUAUAUACUCGCGUGUAUUAUAUAAAUCAUAAUAAAACAAUGGCUAUCAAAAAAAUUAGGGACGGGUCGGUUCCGGUUAUCGGUUCUUCGGUUCCGUCGGUUUUUUAAGGAACCGUUAAUCAUAGGUUCCAUCUUCUAUCAUAAUUAUACGUCAGUUAUUAUUUUUAUUUUUUCUUGUGGUCGCACUGGUUUGAAUCAUUUGUUUCGUUUAGUAAAUAUAGGUUUUUAUGGAAUGACGCAUUAUUAUGAUUGUAUGCAUUUAUUGUGUAACGCGUGCGUGUUUGAAGUCAUUAUUUGGUUUUUUGCGUUUUUAAAAUUUUUUAUUUUUGUUCCCGGUUCCUUAGAUUUUAAAUAGAUAACGAAAAUAAUCACCUAUCCCGUCAAAAAGAGUUAUUUUUGAAGAUGUUACAUACCUAUACCUGUAUGAAUAUAUUUUGUUAUAAACAAAAUGUUAGUCCACAGAAAAUUCGUGAAAAAUAUUAUUAUGUUAACACAUGUUUAUAAAUUGAACAUUUGCAUUUUUAGUUUCAGUUAUUGAUAAGUAAGUGAGAAUGAUUAAUAACACGGUCGUCAGUUUUGGGAGAAGAUAUUACGUUUAAUUUUUCUAUAAAAUUGAUGAUAUCAAGGACAUAUAGGACUUCUACGUUUUGAACAACUUUUGAAAGCGCAUGGAUUUAUGAUCUACGCCAUAAAAUUCUUCAAAUAUGCCCUUAAAAAAUGCACAAUCGCUUAGUAUAAAUAUUAUCAAAAAAAAAGCACAAAAAACCAAUUGUUUUGAUUUUUAAAUUAAAUGGUUUUUAUUAAAAAAAAAAAAAAAGAAAAGAAAAUGUAUUAUAUAUUUUUAUUUUUUUACUGUAAUUUAUAGUAAAACUAAAUGUUUAUUUAUUAUACUAGAUUAGGUGAUAUGUUUAAAAAUGAAAACUCAGUGUACACCGAAGAACAAUAGCUAAUCAGUUUAUUUGUUCGAGAAUACAUUAUAAAUAUUUUAUUUAAUUAAAUUUAUUACCAAAUACACGGACGCAGAAUGCAUUUGACGUGUUUAUAUUUUAUCAUAAUGGCUUGCCGAAUUAACUAGAAUUCGAUAAUUUCUGUUUUUUAAUCAUUGACACUGCCGAAAAAACAUAAUUUCUAAUGGGUGACUGCAGCGCAAUAAACAUAAUGCCUAUACCUACCGAAUAUAUUUCAACGCAAUAAUAUUACCUAUAUAAUACCGUAAUAUUAUAAUGUAUUACUAAAUAGGUAAUAUAUCCACCGGUCAACGGUUAAAAGUAAAGUAAAAAAAAAUGAACAUACUGUAACACCGACAGUAUCACCAUAAAAUUGUAAUUUUGUUUUUACACUUUAUUAUCGUAUGUAAUUUAAGUUAAACUCGUUACUUUUUAUUUAUGUUAAAUUCUAUUGCCAUAUUGAAAAUGAUUAAAUCUAUUUAGGAUUCGGUUAAGAUUUUUUUUUUUUAAAUAAAAAUGCGAAACACAGGGAUAUCAUGUAUUCUUGUGUAAUAUGGAUUCAUUGAUAUCUCCCUUUACCGACUCUCCCCUAAAAAAAUAUUCAUGACAAAUCUUUAUAAAAUAUGUUGUUCAAACAAAGUGUACCUAUAGAGAAUAAAUUUAAUAUUGUGUUAGAAUCAAAAUUAAAAUCGAGGAGGUACGUGUCACUCGAAAUUACUAAUUAUUUAAUAAGUUGAUUUAAAAAUAAAAUUAUCUUGAUAAAAAAAUCAAUGGUUAAAUGCUAAGUUUAAGUUAAAAUUAACUUGAUUUUUAACUCUUUACUGUCCAUCGUGGCACAGUAGGAAUAAAUUAUUUAAUAUUAUUGUUAUGAUUUUUAAAUUUUUUUUGACGAAUAAAUUAAUUGACUAUUGCAGUAAGGAAAUUGAACAAUAAUAUAUUAUACAAAAUUUAAAAAAAAAAUUGCCGUGGCAAGUUCAAAAUCAUAAGACUUUUUUAGCCAUGUUUUUUUUAUUUUUCAACAAUCCAUAGUAUAGUAGCUAUUAUUAUUAUUACACGUACAUCUUGAAGAUUAAUUUUUAAGCAUACCUAUCAAAAAAAAAGAACAAUAAUAAUAAUUAAAAAAAAAAAAACCGGUCUUUUAAUAAUACGAUGGUCGCAUGAGGAGAGAAAUAGUCGUGAUAAAAUAUAAUUGACGGGAACUUAAUAGUGCAUUGAAUCGUGUGUUUAACUGAGAGAAAGUAAAAAAAAUAAAAUACGUUUCAAUAAGGACUUUUUCAAUGAUUUUAUCUCUACAGGUGUCCUGCAGCUCGGAAACACCACUUUACCGGAACUUUCGAGUGGUCUAUUUUUUCUAAUAUUUUGGCAAUGUAACUGUAGGGGGUUAACCUCCAAUAUACGGCGGAAAUUUUUCCACCCCUCUUUUCUUUCCCUUUAUCGGUAUUAAGUUCGUAAACUCUAAUGAAAUAUCCAAUAAAAACGCAUACAAUUUAUUGCCUAUUAUAUUGUUAUGAAUAAAACAUUACCAAAAGUGUAUUAAUCCCGCGUAUACUUCAUACAUUUAUUAUCACAUUUCAAAAUUUAAACAAUUAGCUUAUAUUGAAUUUGCAAAUAAUUAUCAAUAAUAAUUUAGAGUUUGUAAGUGUGUUGAUGUAUUUCUUUAAACGUACACUCAAUGCUGGAAUAAAUGGGCUGGAAGGAAGUUUAAAAAUAAACGGACAGACUUCGCACGAUUAGUAGGCCACUGUUGUAGGUGAGAAACUGAGAAGCUAGAGGGAAAAUUUAAUGUAUAUUUUUACGCGAAGAUUAAUCAUUGCUAACGAAAAACGAUUCUGAGUGGAGUUUAGUUACACAUGUUUUGAAAGGCCGUAAUAUUUACGAUUUUAAAAUAAUAAAUAUUGUAAAUUUUCCCAUUUUUUCUAUGUUCUUUACCGCUGUAGUUAGAUUUCCUUUUAGAAAAAGUGCUACGCUUAAAUUUUAAAACAAAAUGUCUGGUAGAAAAGUUAUUCCCAGAAAAAAAAAAAUAAACAUCACUGCAAAAUCAAUACAUUCCUCACUCCUCUCAGAAUCUAAAAUAUACGCAGUUAACAUAAAUAAAACUAAAAUUAAAAUUAAUGUGUUUUAGAAUGCAAUGAACUGUUAUAAAAUUGGCACUGAAUUUCCAUAUGAUAACAGAACAAUCAGGAUUGUUAUGUUGAUUUACAUAAGGGAGACGUUUAAUCUGUUUAAUGGUAAUUUCAUAUUGAUUCGUAUAGAAUAUUGUGAUAAUGUUUAUGAACAAAUUGGAUUUUUGUUUAAUUUUGGUAAUCACGGUAGAUUGAAUACAAAGUAAUACUUUUAUAACUAGUAAUCUUAGAAAUUACUGACAUUUAUCGGAUUUUUUUUUGGAAAAUUUAAGAAACAAUAUAACAGCUUUAAAAUAUUAUACUGCCCUAGCUUAUUUUUUGUUGACCUUAUUUGUCAUGCUUACAUUGUAUUGAACACUUUGUAUAACUAGGUAAUAUAACUUCUUAUUAUUUGGUAAUAUUUACAAACAAUUAGUGUAUUUAUAUUAUAAUCUAUAGAUGUUAAUAACUUUGAAUACCGCGUUGCGAUCGUUUGAUGAUAAAAUGAUAAAUACGCCCAUAAUAAUUAAUUAUUGUUUAUUGCCGCUCCUGGGAAUAAAAAGAAAAAAAAAGAGUAAACAAAGUAAAAUAAAGAGUAUCAGACGUACCUCUAUAAACACUUGAAUUAAUUACGAAAUUUUAAAAGACCGAUCACAGAUAAAUAUUCCGUCAAAUAUUUAUCGUUCGUUUGUUUAAAGAUUAAAUACAUAAAUAAAUGAUGAAAUCCUUGUUGCCCGACACUUAAAAAUACAUUGAAACGUUAUUGAUUAGCCGCAGGCGUUUGGAUAGUGACCGAAAACCUUGGUUUUAUGCAAUAGGUAUACACUUCCAACACCCGAGUAGGUACUUGGGCGAGAAAAACCUAGGCGUUUACUACCAUUUUGAGAUCAUUGAGACGGAGUCUGGAUAAUAUUUAUCCGUGACCUGCUGGUAAUCAAGCGCAGAGACAACCGAUCAUACGGUACAGUAGAAUGAUAAAAACCAUAAAUUAUAAAACAGCUUGUCAAUCCGUGGAGUAAACCCAAAAGCGCUUAGAUUCUCCGACACAACCGCGAUAUAAGUCCGAUCGAUAAGUCCUUAAUAAUAAAUAAAUUGGUGCAGGUGCCUACCUACAUGUAUACCGCGAAACAAUAGUCGAUCUCUGACCCUGGUCAGUAGAACAAUGUUAAGUUAAGAAGUAUAAGAUAUAUUAUAAAUGUAUGUAUAAUAAAUAUGAGAUGUUUUUAAUAAUAUUAACGAAAAUUCAUUCUUAACAAUAAUGCAUAUUUAAUGAUUACCAUAUUAUUUAGUAUACUUGAAUAUAUUUCAUUUCACUACGACCAUCUGCGAUGCAAGUUACAAUAUGGAUAUAGUUGCAGUGACCUUAUUUUUAUUUUUGACGUUCAUACGGCCAACAUAGUUUAAACAUAUAAUUGUACAAUUUGUACAGUUUGUGUUUAUAAUUCGGUUCCACAAAUAUGAUUUUUUCACUCGAUUUUUGUUUGAAAAAAAUAAUAUUUUCACGUUCGAUGACCGUGUAGUAAUAUUAUGUUCUAAUAAUUUUGAAAUUUUCAUUAUACAAACAAUUGUCGAACUUGAUGUUAAAAACAGUAGACUAAACAUAUUAAUAGGUUUUAUAAUUGCAUAAUAUAGAACGAAAAAAAAAAUGUUUAACUAAUGUGACUUUUCAUUUCCAUAUUCGUUCCUACACGGCUAACCGUUGUUAUCCGAUAGUUAAAUUGCAAAAAAAAAAGUGUUUUUUUACUCGCAGUAACCAAAUUAACUAAUGAAAAUUGUUAUUUUCAUCCAUGUUAAAUUAACUCAUAAAUAAUAAAAAAUAAUUCAAUUUUUUUUCCAAAAAUACCAAAAACCCUGCACCAACCACCACCCUUUAAGGGUUGAACUUUGGAAAUCCGUUUUCUAUAGGUAUAUACGCACCCAUUCAUCUGCUCCUGUGUGUACAUUUUCAGAUUUGUGUAUACAAAAGCAGCGGUUGUGCAUGGUGCCUAGACAAUCAAACAGGCAGACGCUUCCUUUUAUCAAUAUAAAGAUAAUAAUUAACUUGUUAGACUAUUAAAAAAGCAAUUUCAUUAUAGAAAAAAUAUACCUGAAUAAGAUAGAAAAAAAAAAAAUAGAUGAUACUGGUGACGGGUGUGGCCAUUGUUGUAGGUGGGUAGUUGGUACGGUGCGAUUCCGAGUGGAGUUUGGUUGUACAUGUUUUGAAAGGUUGUAAUAUUUAUGAUAUUCGACAAAAUUCGAAGUAAGACCAUGUAAGACUUAUAAUGAACCUCCUGUCAAAUUGUUAAGCAUUUCUGUUUAGUCUGAACAUUUUAUCUACAAAGUACCUACAAAAUAAAAACUAUGUAAAAAAACUAUUAAAAUUAAAAUAUCUAUAAAUAUAGCUUAAAAAUGGCUCAAUGUUUUAAAAGUUUUACUACGUCUAGAAAAAGCAAAUAUCAGUUUUUUGUCAAAAUUUAAAAUCUUUACGAAUUCUUUAAACUGAAUUACAUUAAAAAAGUAAAAUUUAAAAGAAUAAAAGAAUUAUUUUCGUAAAUUUUCACGUUCUUUCUAUGUAUUUUUCAGUUUUGCUGAAUUCUUUAUAAAACUAUAGAGAUAAUAAAAAAAUUAAAAACUUUCUUACUAACCAACUAAAUUAAAAAUUCGACAAAAAGGUUUCUUCAUUUCUUUUUAUUGGAGCAAUAUUUUUGUAGGAAACAUAAACCAUACAAAUUUUAAAUAAUGAAACCGUUGUGCUGUAAAAAAUCUUAUUUAUUGUUUUUUCGGUUUUUCCCAAUUAUUAUGAAAGAUACUUUCGAUAUAAAAAUACGACUUUCAUUAUCAGUGACUAUAUAUUAAUAUACGGAACAAAAUUAAUCUCUCAUUAUUUUUCAAUUGGAACAAAAUUUCUGGUAGAAAAGUUGUUUACAGAUAGAAUGUUCCGAAUCUAAAAUGUACCCAUUGGUCUGUUGAGAUGUAUUGAGUUAGAACAACAUCCUCUUUCGUAAAAUACCAUUGAAAAUAUAUACUGCUAUAGCAGUAAUAUUUAUAAUUGACCCUUGACGUCAAAUUUCAACAUUACUGCUAUAGCAGUCUUAUUGGCCUAUAACUGUCCAUCAACGUGUUAUAAAGUUAUUGCGAUAAAGUGCGAGCCUUCUAUUGGACUAUAGGGUUAUAUUGAAAGAAAUUAUUGUAGGUAAUAAUAUUGUCCUUAUCGUUUCGUAUCAGGUUGUUCUGUUGUUUGGUAAGUGGUAAAAAAACAAUCUAAAAAAAUUGUCUUCACACGAAGACGUGUAGAAUUACACUAGAACUCGAUAUUCGAAUAAUAUGUUUAUAGUAAAUUAUAUAACUGUCUUAGACGUUAGACAAUUGGUAAGAAAAAAAUUAAAAAACCCCGGCAAUUAAAUACGAACUUGGUUGUUGAUAAGCUGACUAAUAUUACCUAUACGUAUUAUAUAGGUACGAGACAAUUUCGCAUAAAUUGUUUUUUCGUAAAAGUAGCAUUUUAUAUUUUAUUAUAAUCUGUAACGUAAUGACGUUAAUUUCACCAUUAUCAAUUGCAAUGAUUCAAUUAGCGUAGUUAUUUAAUCGGCAUUUUUGCAUACCUUAUAUCUGUAUUUUAAUUAUUAUAUUAUGUGCUGCAAUUUUCUAUACCCAAUAUAUUAUGGUAAAUAUUGUUAUGCGUGUUACCUAAUAUCGUUAAUUUCGUACGUUCGUGCGUUUUAAAAAUUACAUGUGUCGCCAAAACUGCCCGAAGUAACGAACAAAUAGCCGUCAGUAGUGUUAUUAUGAUAUUUUAGCGGCGGUUGAAAAAUGUCCGUGGGAUUAGUGGACAGAAAAAAAAAAAAAAAAACAAUUUAAAAUAUUUUGUCUCGUACGCGCACCGAUGCAACUUACAAACACGAAACAUAUUAUUAUGUAACCGAUUGUAGCCAAUAUAUUAUUAUUAUUGUUUUACUCUUAUAUUCUUACGGUGAUAUUAUUAUUGCUGACGGAGAGAAAAAAAUUCGGUGUGACUUUCACCCUGUGGGUGUUCUCGCGUAGUUUUGCAGUAGGUAACCGUUUUUUCGUACACACCACGUGUGACAAAAUUUUAUUUUUCGUUUGUCACGAUUAUUACGAUAUGGGCUGUUGUCGGAGAACCUAAAAAACGCAACCGGCGCGCGGUCAGUUGUAAAAGGACAGUCAUCGCCGGCUAACGCAAAAGUUAGAUUCAGCGGAAUAAUCGGGAAUAAUAUUAUAUUAUCCGAAAACAAAAGAAAAACAACUAAUUGUCUUAUUUUUCUUUUAGAGGUAUACACGUGUGCACUGUCUACUCGGUGCACGGGUUUACAAAUUACAGGUCCGAAUCGGAUGUUUAAAGUUUUUAAAUUCGUUUUUAUAACUUAUAAUCAAUAAUGUCGGUAAAAUUCAUGAAUAAGAAAAAAAAACAACUAUAUGAUACGGUUGACCCGAUCGAUGUGCGGUACCGUUCAAGGUUGCGGUAAUAAUUUAAUUUUCUAGUUUCCGCAUGGAGAGCUCGUUUAAUGUCCGUAAUACAAGAUGACUGGUUUUGCGAAAUUGAACCAAACUGUCAAUUUACGAAGCGAACGUGUAUAAUAAUAUUAUACUAUUUCCCUGUAAAAUAUAUAUUUCGGUGGAAAUUGGACGUUUGGUUUGUUCAAAAUGAUUCAUUCAGUUUUGAUUAAAUAUUACAACAAAUCAAUUUGUAAAUGUCUACUAGGCAUUUCUGACAUAUACGAUGAUAAAAACGAGAGAUUAUAUAAAGUUCACGAGUCCGGUUAACUAUCUGUUGGUUGGGAUAAUAAUAUCGAAAAUAAAUUCGUUAUUGUUAGUCUAUAGCCGUAAAAAUAACGUAAUAAUAUCAUUAGGUAUUAAUUUUGUUUUUUUUUUUCGAAUCUAAGGGACAAGAUUUUAAAAAUGGAAAUAUACGAUUAAAUUUAGCUUUGAUUCAAUUAUAAUGUCGCUUGUUAGCGAAAUUCUACAAUAAUGACGAUCAAUCGUUAAUAAUAAUAUAAUGACUUUUACGAGAAUAUAAUAUUAUUUCAUUAAACACUAAAGUUAUAUUGUUAACAGCCGUUCAAGAAAAUUAAAUUUCGUUUGUGUGUCAGCACGCGUACGCACAAAGGUGAAAACGGGAAAAACUUCGAAGGGGAACUAUAUUGACCGAAAAUCGAGGGGCGUUCUCGAGAAUCAACUAAACCUAAUCAAACUUUUAUGGAACCCAUCGCGGAUACAUAAUGAUUUUCUCUCUUAUUUAUACAAAAAUGUUAUACUUAUAGGGUUUGAAAAUAAACAAACUGACCCCCCUCCCCCCAAAAAAAAAAUAUUUCCCUAUUUCAGUAAAAAUAAAAUAAAACAGAAUCUUAUUAAAAUCUAAUAGAUAUUAAUUAAGAAUUUAUUUUUAAUAAUACGAAUUCGAGUUUUUUUAAAUUUUACUAAACAUGUUUCGGUGGCAAUAAGUAAAGCGUUCUUAAAAUCUAAAGGGGUCUGAUAAUUUUUCCUUAAUCUCUUACUCUUUCCUACUCUGUUAGAGAACUGCAUACGUAGUGGGGGGCAUUUAAAUAACUGCAAAUCCGUAUAUAGUCAGAUAUUUGAUACCCUACCUUUUUUGGGGCGAGGAUUAGAAUAAUCCUAAUAUACAUUCUAUAUGAGAGUGGCUUAUUAUACAGAAUUUCAGUUUUAGAAGGUGACUGUGGACGGUUUUUGAAGUGGGAUAAGCCUUUCCCAUUUCCCCUGUAAUCUCUCCUAUUUACUGCAAAUCGGAAUAAUUUAUAUGAAUAGUGUGCCUAAUAAUUAUAAAACGUUUGGCAUCCAUGUGUACUCAGAAUACCAAAUUAUGUGUACUAUUACUCGUAAGUCGCAUUAAACGCAUUAUACUUGCCGCAACGCUCGUAAAUUUCAAUAUGAAAGUCAUACGCCAUAAAAACGUUCGAGUGUGCGUAUAUUGAAUAUUAGCUUUAUGCAUUUAACAUAAAUAUAAUAAUAAUAUGUGCUUACAAUUUAGAAUAUUCAUACGCUUAUGGAUUCCGUAAGGAUAUUGUACACACGCUACAGCCGGCCAAGGACAGUUUUUUUUUUUUUUUUAAUGUUUCAAAUGGGUCUGUACCGUUUGCAAUUAUUUUUUCGAUACGGCGUGUUUUAUUAUUAUUACAAUAAUAAUAGUUAUACAUGUAUUAUUGUCGGAAGACGUCGUCGUUGUCGGGCUGACUCGGUGCCAGCAAACGGUUCCGAUGGGUGUUCUAAAUUGUUUUGUUUUUUCUUGUGGUCCUCGUUUUCCGAUAAUUUUUUAUUUGUUGUGGUCAAAAGUUAAAACGGAAAAAAAAAUCAAAUUUCGUUGGCGUCUCAAAAAUUUAUCGUACUGGUUGAUAUGUGAAAUUAUUAAUAUUUAUUAUAGAUUUCCGAGUGUAGCAAAGAUUUAUUAGUUUUAUAAAUCAAAAUGUGUUUUUUUCUCGAAAAAGACAUUUCUCGAUUAGUAAAACCAAAUUGAAAAUGUUUCAAAACUUUCACACCGUGUACUGCAAAAACCAUAUUUUUUUUCCGCGUAAUGUGGUGCUUUAUUCAAAACGUUUGAAUAAAACUAGAGUUAUCUAGAUUCUCGAAAAUGUUUGUAAAAAAAAUAAAAACUCAAUUUCUCAAUCUAUAGUGCAUUUUAGAGGUCUGGAAUUUCGAACGUGGAUGGACAAAUGGGUAUCCGUGAAAUUACGAAAGCAGACUUUUAAAGUUCUAUUUUCAAGUAUAUAAAGGCCUACAUUUGAACUAUGUUUUUUUUUUUGGUAUUUAUGUAUCCUUGGUUAUAUGUAGUCACCUAACUUAUAACAUGCAGUUAACUGAACUUUAUUCUGAAUGGUUAUUUUUUAAAUUUAAGUACUUUUUAAAAAAUUCUUACUUACAGGCGUGGCUUACUUAUUGUGUGAAUUAAUAUGUCCCUAUAGGGUUCCGUAAAGUAAGGGUUUAACUACUUCCACGUUACCGUACGGACAUGCAUCCGCCUGUCAGAGCGGGUUACUACUUCUAAACCAAACGAGAUAUUAACUUAAAACUCCCACAUAAUAAUUAUGCAAAUCGUAUUAAAUACGAAACUUGUAAUUAAAGUUUUAAAAAACUUUAUUUGAAUUGAACGCAGCUAUGCGUGCAAACAAGAGGGAAAUUGUUUUUCAAUUUUACCGGCUAUACUUGUGGGAUAUCGUUGGAAAGAGUUUUGUUAGCAGAGCACAGCUAUUAUUAAAUUCUUCUUUAAAAUAAAGAAUUGAAAUUUCAACUUGUCACUAAGUUGAGAUAAUUUCUGAUCGUGAUUAAAAUGUUUUAUUAUAAAUAUAUAUUUUAUGUUCAAAAUAUAUAUUUCAGUUUUCCCUAGUACAUGGAACUAUCAGCGUGCAUGUUUUUUAAGAAAAGAUGUACAUUUUGGGUACCUAUACAUAUAACAUAUUUUAAUUUUUUUUUUAUGUUGUCUAAAAGAUCCAUAGUCGCUCAUUCGGGUUUUUACACAUUUUGAUUUCAUAGGGUUCGCAUUAUUAUUAAAUGUAAUUAAUAAUAACUAAGUACUAUCAGCUGUCUCUAUUCUAUAGUCACUUUAAGUCACUCAUUAAUUCUAAUUAUAAUUGGUACCUAUUGCAUUUUAGUUAGGAAACACGGCGUACAAUAAUUACGAUUUUAAUAAUACAAGUUCAAUGUACAUAUAUAUAUAUAUAUAUAUAUAUAUAUAUAUAUAUAUAUAUACAUUAUAUCUUCUAUUAGUAUUUCUCAUUAAUAAAACAUUUUGUAUGGUCGACAAAUUACAGUUGUAUACAAUCCUAAAAAUAAUAAUCCAUUAAUGCAAUUUUAAUAUUUUGUUAAGAAUAUAACCGUACAAUUUAUAUUUUUUUUAGAAAUUAGGUAAUUAUUAGUAAUUAUCAUUUUCUGAAAAAUAAUUGGCAUUUACAUACCUGUUGUAAUAAAUACUAACAUGUAUCUAUUUGAUCAUGUUCAAUACAAAUUUAAAUGUGAUAACUAUAAUUAUAUUGAAAUUUGUUUUAGAACAAUAUCACCAUAGAAAGACGUCUUGUAGUGAAUUGAGGGCAAUUUAAUGUGAAUCAGCAAAUUAUGAAAAUUAUAGAACACAACUUUAUCUAAGGAAUAACAUCAUUUGAAUUAUGAAUUCAAAUUUUUAAUAAAUCACAAUUACCCAAUUUGAACAAUUCAGCUGAUGACAUACUUUGUAGGGCUGUUACUAAAAAGAGCCGUACUAGAUAAAAAAUAGAGGACUAGAAAUUAUUUGCUAAUUAUAAGGAACCAAGUGACACUAAUUUCAGUAAAGUGGGCGGGCUACGUGAAGUUAGGUCGAUUCACGUCGUGCCAACCGACCUACCUAUGCUAUGAGCGUGAUUAUGCAAGUUGUAACUCCUGCUUAGGGGUUCAAAUCCUAACCAUUAAGUAUAUAAUGUUAUAAAUGUGAAUUGUAUAUAAAUAACUGUAAUUUUUCAUUCUUAUUAAUUUUUCAUUAUUUGAAAUUGAUUUCAACCACGAAUAAUACCAUGAUAAAUGUCUUAGUAAAAGAAAGAACUGUUUCUAAAUAUUUAUUUUUUAAUUAAUUUAUAGGCAUUUAAAUUUUUUUAAUCACGUAAGCGUAAAGCGUAAGUGGCGAAGCGCGGUGCGAUAAAUUUGUAACAGAGCAUGAGAUGGUAGUGUAGAAUGGGUAAUUUGGGCAGCUGUGUAGAACAUCUGGUGGUGCUAGUGGUGGCUACGUUUGUGCUUGUGGUGGUGACAUAGAGUGGGUGAUUCGGGAAUAAUUUCGAGCAUUGCUGUUCUAUAUACGCGUUUAAAGUUUAAAUUUGAAUGGAAGUAUUAAAAUUCACGUAAUUUCAAAACAUAACUGAACUUUACUCAAAAUUUAGAUUUAUUUUGAUGGCAGAAAUUUGUCGUUGCAUACAAUUGAAUUGUUCUUACCUCCCUAACUUUUCUCCUACAAUAGUGUACACCCAUUAGAAGUAUCAGUUAUUUUUGUUAAUUUUUUUUGAGUUAAGUCGAUAGUGUUUUUAAAGUAUUACUAUUUUGCAUCUUCCGGUAUUGCGUAUAACAAUAAAAGUUUUUAUUUUAUGAUAUACACUAUACAGGAUGAUUUUCCUCUAAGCGUGCUCACUCCAUUUUUUUUGGUUACAUUUUGCAUAAAUUAAAAUUCCGAUUUUUGGAAUUUUUAAGUAUAGUUAAAGUCGAUAUUUUCGAAAUAAACUUAGAUUUUUUACAAAAUUUAUGGAGUAUCAUGUGGCGAUACCAACUUUGAUAUUUCAAAUGAGAAAUUAUAUUUAAAAUUUCCUAAAUAGACGGAAUAUUACUUUAAAUAAAUUUUAGUGUCAACACUUUUGAUUUCCGCUAACCCGUUAACGGGGUAUUCCAUUUUUAAGUUUAGGUCCGGGAAGAGUAGUGGAGUAUCGUUGGUGUGUGGCGGCACGGCGCGCGGUGUUCUAUAAGUGCUCUACUACUCUUCGCCUACUUAAAUUUAAAAGUGAAAUAUUUCGUCAAUGGGUUGAUGGGAAUCAAAAAUAUUAACACCAAAAUGUAUUUAAAGUAAUACUCCGUCUGUUUGUGGAAUUUUUAAUGUAGGUUCUCAUUUGAAAAACCAAAGUUGGUUUCGCCACAGGUUACUCCUUAAGAGUUGUGAAAAAUUUAAAUAUUCGAAAGUAUUGGCUUUAACUACACUUAAAAAUUCUAAAAAUGAGAAUUUGAGCACUUGCAAAAUUUAACCAAAUAAAAUGGAGUGAGCAAGCUUAGUGAAUCACCCUGUACAUAUUAUGUUUAUGAAAAAAAAACAUACAAUAAUUUUGUUUUUAUUUGAAAUAUUCGUUUAAUAAACGUAUGAUAAUAAUUAUGUUGCCUAAUCCCCGAAAAAUAUAUAAUAAAUAUAUUGUAAAUCUGAAUUUUUUCGAAUAAUUUUUUUUAGUAAAAUAAUUAAGUAAAAACAAAAUUAUCAAAAUGUUUAAUACUCGUAAAUAAAUAUAUAAAUAAAAAAUCUAUGCAUAUUUAUUUACUUUAUUUGUUUCUUUUUUUAAUAAUUUUGCUUUUUUUUAUUCGUACACAAUGAUUAUCAUGUUUAAAACAUCUACGCAGGUAGAUCUCGAUUUUUUUUUUAUCAUGUUCAAGGUUUUAAAUUCGUAACUUAUUUAUUUCUAAGCAAGUAUAGUAUAAUUUUACUUAAUGAUGCGUAGUAUUUUUAUUAUAAUAUUUGCUUAUUUUAUUUUAAACACGUUAAUUUUAGAUUAAUACUAGAUAAAACCAGUAGGUAAAUCCAUUAAAUAAAAUAUUUAUUAUUAUGUAUAUUAUGUAUUAAAGCUGUUGUAGUAAAGUUAGAAAAUAUAUAAUUGAGGUACUACUGUAACGUAUACUAGCAGGCAACUCGGACGAAUGUUUGAAUAGACCUCUUUCUCAAGAUGUUUAUUUCUUUAAUACUACUUAUAGAUAUUUUAGCGAAGUUGUAAUUGUCAACUCAAUAAAAAACAAGUUUGGAUUUUGUUUUCAUAGUGUUUUAUUGGCCGAUAUCAUAUUAUACCUACUGAUAUCAAACUCCUGUGUCUAGAUUUUCUGAUUUGCAUAUCGCGGGUAUGGUAAAUUUGACUAUUUUUUAUGUAUGAUAAUUUAUGUUAUUUUACACACACAAUCAUAUACCAGGCCAUGUUCGGCCUGCCACGCGUGCACAGUGAAAUAUUUACACGAACCAUUUGAGGCCCUUUCUGAUCCACUAUUUAUCUCCAGGGCUAGUUAUUUUACAGUACUGAUUUUGUUAGGAAGAUUAAGGAUUAAAAAAAUAAGUAAUAUUCCAAAUUUCGUUUUAUUUAACAGUUUAAACUUGUCACUCAUAUAGAUUAUUCUGCCCGAACAUUUUUACAUUCGCUCCUUUUUCACGUAUAUGUUUUUGAUGGAAUAUUUUAUUAAGGACCGGAAGUAAAAUAAAUUGCAAAUGUAAUCAUUAAAAUAAAUCACAUUUUAUAAUUUUUCGAAUUUUGCAAAAAGUUUAAAGAAAGAGUAGGUACCAUGGGCAUUCGCACAUGGGGGGGGGAGGUUUGGAUAAUGUAGAUUUUCAUGUUUAACUGAUAUUUAGUAGUAAUCAAAUAAAUAAAUAUUUUGUGACUCGUUAUCAUUUUCCACACGAUUGGUAUACGAAUCUACCAUUGAUUUUUUCGCAGUCAUAAAGUCGGUAUAGUAAUUAUAACUAUUCGUAUUUCGGAUACUCGUUCCGGUUACUUACAAUAAUUGUCUUUAUUACUAUUAUUAUAUUAUUUCAUGGAUAGUUCACGGUAAAUAAUAAUAAUUGUUUUAUUAUGUUUUUCGUUACCCGAGCAGAAUAAUACGUUGCGUGGCCGUACACGUUUUUUAAAUGCAGUUGUUCGGCAUUCGUAGUACCUAGUAUGCAUCGAUAAUGUAUAUAAUUUAAUAAAUUUACUACAUGAGUACAGAUUACACAAAAUGUUUGAAUUUUCGAUAUUUUUUCUGUUAAAUCUGAUAAUCCCGGGAUUGGUUUAUAUCAAAAUAUGAUUUAUCCGUAAAUCUCUGCCGUUUGUCGUGGUCAAUAGCUUUUUAUAGGAAGUAAUUCUGUUAUUGUUCGGUUUACGAUUUACCUCAUACCGGGUUUCUUCUCUCGACCGACUGCAAGUACCUUUUAACAUUUUUUUCGGUUAAAUGGCUAUGCAUCAUCAUGUCUCAGACUCUUGGCGUAUGCCUUACCAUUUGCCGGCUUUUUCUUUUGAUUAAAUUUACCGGUUCUUCUUCCAACACCACAUUUCUAUGGCCAGCUGUUGUAUCGUUUUGUUUUUUAUUAAUUAUUAUUAUUACCCGAGGUUCGAUACAAAGCCACUGCUAUAGUGUCGUACGUUUAAAUAAUUUAAAUCCCUUGUCGGUGUUUUACGGUUUAUUUUGCGGAGACAGCAGAGGCCAAAAAAAAAGUACCCAGGUAUUGGUUGGUGCGUACUUCAGGAAGUAUCGAGGAAAUCGUUUUUUUUUCUACUCCGUAACUAUAACUAACAAACAAAACAAACGGAUUUUGUUAUAGUGUACGAUAGAGUACGAUACCUACCUAGGUAUAGGUAUAUAAUAUACGAUAGUAUAUACCUAGGUAUUGAUAACAAAAAGAUGCAGCGGAUUCAAGGACUCUUCAGAGGGAUCACAUAAGCCCCUAAGCACGACAUCAGUUCGUUGUAAAACAUGUGGUAGGUAGAUACGCGAUAAUAAUAUAUUAUUAUAUCAUGUUAUUAUUAUCAUCAUCGACAUAUUAUUGUUCGCAUCAUUGUAAAUAUUAUAGUGUCGGUUAUACAACGCGGCACCGCAGACAAUAUUGUUAUUAUAUUAUAUUAUUAUUUAAACGCGUUGCCGGUGUUCCCCUCCAUUGGCGGUAAAAGCACAGGGCACACACCGCACCGGUGCCGUGUCCUCUUCUCGGCGCAAUAAUUGGUGCACUCGCCGGCCGCUUUAUUCAGUCACAUUUCGAACGUGUACCUCGUAUACCUCGGUACCUAAUAUAAUAAUAUAUAUAAAUGAAACAACAAUCUCUGAUCCUGUGCACACUCGUGUAAAACGCACACGUUACUGCAAGUUUCACGCGUUUUAUUUUCAUUGUUAUAAGAAUAUUGUAAAUCGUAGUUAAUUUUUUGUUUUUCUCUACGAACCAUAGUCACUGUUCCGCCGCGCACAAGACUGCAGAAUAUUAUAUUAAUAUUAUAAGACGUAUUUGCAACCAUGACGAUCAUACCGACUUUUGUGAUCGAUAAGAUAUUUUCGAAAAUAUUUCGCAGACAGACGAAAAACUAUACCGUCGAACGUGAGUAUAAUAAUAUGUAAUAUUUUUCGGUAUAUUCACUCAGUCACUCAAAACAAAAACAUCGUGGUCUUUUUAAAUCGAAAAUUUACAUUAAAAAAGUGUACGGAAUAAUAUUACAACCAAACGAUUAAAGAAAAUCGUAGUCAACAGUCACAUAAUUAAAUAUAGUAUUAAUUUUAUAUUUGGUAUCUUUUUUUACGUUGUGGUGUUGUCAGAAGAACUGAAAAGCUGCGCGCAAAAUUGAUCAAUUAACGGGAAGGGCAUCAAAUUAUUAAAUUAAUACAUUUUACCCAUAUACCUAUACAGACGGGAUGUUGAAUGUAACGGAACCACCUAUUGAAUAUCUAAUAAAUUUAAUAUUUGUAUAAUAAUUAUUUCGUUGGUAGUUUUAUCUCGAGUUACAUAUAACAAUGUAUAUAGGUUUUCGCUUGUAAGACAUCUGUGUCUACGCCGAUUUAAGAUAAGCCAAAUACGAGAAAUCUAUGUUUAAUCAGUAAAAGGUACACUGUCGUUAAGAUUAAUUGUUACCGUUAUUAAAGAGCACAAUUACAGUUUACUAGAUAGACAGAGGAAGUUAUUAGUAAGGCGUAACGAAUCAAAAAAUAAAUUAAUAACGAUUUUGUUAAAGGGUAUGCGUUGAUUUCGAAAAUGAUUACAUUUAACAUGGACGUGUUGAAAAUUGAUUUUUUUUCUUAGUUAUUAUCCCGUACAUUUGUAUAUUAGAUAAUAUUGUUACAUGUAUUAGCCACAAUAAGCGAAGAGAGAAUGACUUGGUUAUCCUACGAUAUGUAUUUUUUUAAUUUUUUGGCAACUUAAACCUAACCUAUCAGAAAACUUACCGCGAUCAUCGACCGUAGUAUAUUUCUCUAAAAGAAAACUGUGUGUAGUUGGUGCAUUGAGGACGCAAUUUUUUGAUUUUCCUUGUAAUUUUUUUUAUCCUUGGGAACAUCGGAAAAUGUAAAGGUUUCCAUUAUUAUCGAAUUUAUUUUUGUUGCGAUUUCGUUAAAAAUUAUCGUUGAUAGGUACCUGCAAUUUUCACAGAACACCUAUAUUAGCCAGUUAAAAUGCUUCAAAACAUUCUGAGCAUUUUAGAACAAUUUCCAGUAAUUUUAAAUUUCUAGUUAACUAGUUUUCAUGUGGAUGAAAUUGUUUUAGUUAAAAAGGCAAACAUGUUUGAAAAUUGAACACGAGGUUUAUCAAAAGUCGUACUUAGUAAUAAAAAAAAAAGAUAAUCUUCAAGUAAUAUUUUUUUUCUGAGCGUUUAAAGUCUAAAUUUUAACGAAAAUCGUAAAAUUCACGGCAUUUCAAAAUGUGACGUUUAUUCGAACUUCACAAAGAAUUGUUUUUUUGCUAGGGUAAAAAUUUAUCGUUGCGUUAAUAAUUUACGUUCAAUUACUCUACAUAUCCUAUCUUCCUAACUUCUCACUAACUGUUGAGAUAUUGUUGUGUCAUAGCCAUCUGCUCUUUUUUUCUUGAAUAAUUUCCCAUGAUUUAAUUUAUUUUUUAUAUUUUGGUGUAAAAAAAAAAAAAAAAAAUACGUACAGGUAUACAUAAUAAUAAUCCAUACAAACUUGCGUAAUUAAUACAUUAAAUAAGCAUGCAACCGCUAACCCAUUUGUCUCCUUUCGGCGUGUACUUGUACUAUUAUUACGUUAGCAAUGAGAUUUCACUUUUCCGCUAUACAUCCCAUUCGGGGUGGACAGUGAGUAAAUUGCAAGGUGCUUUAUAAAGCAAUGAAUCAUAAUUCAUUGUGAAGUUCGUCAAGUACGUGUAGUUACCUAGAAGUAAAAAUUUAUAUUAUUUUAUUAUAAAGGAUUCGGGGUUGUUUGUUUUUUUUUUUUUUGCAAGUCGAAACAAACACACUGGACGGAAAUUGAUUACCCAUUAUGUUUGCACUUUGUGAAUAGAGAGAUACUUAAACCUUUAGAUUUUUUGUUUUUGUUUAUGAAAAUAAAAUAAAAAACCUCGAUAAACUAUUGUAUUCCAUUAGUUGAGUGCCUGCUAAUAGCGUUAGUUCAAAUUUAACAUAUACCUACGCAAUACUAUUAUGUUUAAGCAUAAUUUAAUGGUCAAAUUAAUAUCAUUCGAUUAAGACGUAUUAGGAAGCAAAUUAAAACGUGAUAUUUAUUGCUUAUAGGUAUCUAAUCGUUGAAAAAAAAAAAUAGAGAUUGGCGGUUUACUCAUUACAUUUGUUAAUUAAAUUGUUCAAUUUAAUUUACCUAAUUGUUAAAUAAAUCGUAUAUGUAACCUCAUUGGUACUUACGUAUAGUAAUCAGUUCGAUACGAGCAUAUUAUAUUACUACACAGUGACUUGCAAUACAGUAAUAUUUGUGUAAUCGUACAACAUUAUGUCAUCGCUCGGGUGAAUUUUUUAUUUUUAUUUUUUCUCUCGUGAAGAAAUGUUUCGUGUAUAUAAAAACGUUGAAAAUAUUUGUAAACCACUGUGUAGUCGUUUGUUUUAUAUUGCAGGCGUAAUUUUCGCAUUUCAACAAGUUAAAAUGAUGUACAUAGGCGAUUGAACAGAAGUCGUAGUUAAUUUUUCGGUGUCAAACAAAUUAUAAUUUGUAAAUUUUAUCGCGCGCGCCGUCGUGGCGUAUUUAAACCGUAUUGCGUAGAAAGAAUACCAAAUUAAUUUCCAAAUCCCUGCAAUAUGUCGAUUUUGUCCAAUAUUGUUAUUGUUGUUUCGUUCGAUUAUAACGUCCGAAUCGACCAAAAUACUAGACGGUGUUAGGCACGCGUGUUUAUCGCAGACGAAAUAUUUUCAAAAUUUGCAAUACGUCACGUACACGGCGGGGCGGCGUGGCGCCGCUGUUGCGAUUCAUAUUAUAUAAUAAGUAUACGUGCACCUCAAAAAUAACCUUUGUUACAUUUUUCACUCUCCCCGUAUAGUUAUGCCCCUCGAAGUCGUGUGUAUGCAUAUAUAUAUAUAUGUGUGUGUAUACCAUACACGACACGACAGUUGGCCGUUCUUUGUAUACGCGUAUACAUAAGGCGGCAAAAGUCGAAGGACGUGACAACAUUUUUUUCUUUUUUUUCGUUCCCAACACGCACACGUGUGUUCAGCAUCGCCAUGAUAUCAUAGUAGUGGUCGUGUGUCAUUCGACGAAUCGUGUUUCAGGUCAGAACGCUUAGGUACAUACGAUACGAUCGGGGUUUUUUUUUUUCAUAUUAUUUAUUUUUGUUUAUAAUACCUCACCUAUACGUAUAUACGUAUGUAUGAAUUCCGUCCGAUCGUAUUAUUAUAUAUUUUAUUAGUUGAACGUAACUUGCGAUUUAUCGUUCGAUACGGGUAUUUUGUUUUGUAAUAUUUGUUGUGUGUCAACAAAACAUGUAACGACGCGUCGUUGCUGGUGUCUCCGACGCCGCGAAACGUCGAUUUUUCCAUUAGCGAUUAUGUACGUUCCGAGUUUGUUACCAACACGUAAUGGGACAGAUAUUGAGGAAUGAGAGUAGGUAUUCUAAUUUACUUGACAAGGGAAAAUAUUUGGAAAAAAGAGGACCUGACAGAAGAAGAAUAUCAUGGUUUCAGAGUCUAAAAGUAUGAUUUGGAAAUAGCUCAUCAGAGUUGUUUCGCGUCGCAACCGACAGAGAGAGCAUUGCUAGAAUGGUCGCCAACAUUGGGAAUCGGAUAGGCACCCGAAGAAGAAGAGUUUAUUUCGAGUACUUAUUCCGGGUUUCACGAAAAUAAUAGUUGAAAUUUCACGUUCCGACGAAUUGAAAAAAUAAAGAACUCUUAACAUUUCUAUACUUUGAAAAAUACAUAUAUUUCAGACUCUUAUCGCGGGAAUUAAGUUUUUAUUUAUUUUUUCGACUUUACGAUUUUACGACUUUAUUUUUUUUCGGCAAUAUGCAAUUUUAAUUCUCAACGAUACAUUUCUUUAACGUGUAAUUCGUCUUUUCUGUACAGAAUCAUGGUUUGAAAAUUUAGUCGGUAGCUUACGACAAGGUCGCGUUAAAUUUCGGUUACAGAUUUAAUAGAUAACUAAAUUUCCAUUAAAAAUAUAAUAAUUGGCAUAAUGCGUUUCAUAUAGAAAGAAAAGUUUUUAUUCCGAAGCGUGACAAACGUGACGCGAGGUUUUAAAUUGGGUAGGUUAUGCAUUUUUAAUUGUCGUCAAUGAAAAUGUACCUAUAUAAUUAAUUAAGUAUGCGGUAAAGAUAGUGGUACUGUACAUAAUAUUAUUAUAAUGUGGUUUUCGUAUUAUUUUUUAAGUUUGCGGUUUCGGGUCGAGUUCAAAUAAUGAAAUCUCGACGAAAAGCGUAAGGAAAUUUACAUAGUAAGUGUAGGUAUAGAAACGUAUUUUAUUUUUUUUUUGUUUACUAAAUAGGUUAGCGAACACUUGAUGGUUUAUCAUGCGACACGAUUAUCGAAAUAAUAUAAUAAUAUUGUGUGUACCUGCCCAUUGUCAUACAAUACGAUUGUAUAUACAAUAUAUACACACUCGCAGUUAACUACGAAGGCGUAACUCUAUACAAUUAGGUAGUGAUUUACAUCCGAGUGUAAUUAUUCGCCGUCAAAGAAAAUACGUCUCGAGUACCCAUUCUAUAAAAAAUUUCACAUCGAUCGAAACGUUCUAUUACUUUUCACUCGGUUGGCGUUGGUCCACAGUUCCAUACACAGACAUACGAAAAGAAAUUUAAUUUCUAUAGAUAAAUAUUGUUAUAAAUUAUAGCAUAUUGUAUUGUUGUAAUUUAUUUUUUAUUAUAAUUUAAAUGGACGCGAUAACCGCAUGUGCUGUCCCUGUCUUAUAAACGUGCGACAUAGUAAAUUUUCGUUUGGCAUUAACAACUUUGUAGUUUGUGCUGUUGGUUUAAGUAUUUGAGUGAAUUGACUUAUAUUGUCAAACUUAAAGAUAAGAACAUAAUCUGUGCAAUGUUGGUGCUAUUUUUUUCGAUUUUUUAAUUUUCAAGCGAGAUAAAAUCAUUGUUAAAUUGUGAUAUUUCACUUAAAAAUGAAAAUGACGAAAAAAUAAUGUCAGCGUGCACGGAUUUAUGUUCAUAUCUUUAAUUUUGAUAAUGCCGUAGCUCAAUUUACUGUAAUAUUAAAACUAACAGUAUAAUGUUGUCCCAGCUGAACGCGAAUUUGAUGUGACGUAUGUUAUUCGUAAGAUAGUGGCAGCCAGUGUUGAAUCCAAACAAUUUUUUGGAGGAGAGAGGGUUUCAUUGGUCAUUUCGAUGUAAAACUUAGAGAUUAAAUAACGAGUAAUAACCACAUUUUAUUGACAGUUGUUUUUAUCGGGGGGGGGGGGAAGGGUGAAUGAAAUUUCAGGAUGAGCAUUUGAUCCCCACUACCUAAAGAUUACGUGGAUUUAACACAGCGAUUCCAGAUGAUUAAAUAGUACUAUUGUUAACUGUUAUAUUAUUGUUAUUAAACUUUUGAAUUGUGAAAUAUAUUUUGUUCUGCAGAUAUAGGUAUCGUUUUAACGACAGACACAUAAUACGUGAAGAAAUUUUAUCACCGGGUAUAGGCUAGCGUUAAAACAAUAAUAUAUUGGAAAUUCGAAUACAAAAUUACUUUUAUUUUCACGGUUACACCAUGUUUCUUUUGCGUUAUCUAUGUACAACGUUCACUAGAUAUGUCGGAAGUAAAUUCAAUUUGAUUUAUGUUACCGGAAAUUAAUAUAUCUAGAAAGAUGUUGUAGAUUGGUUGUGUACAUAUACUUUUACGAUUUUACCAUUGGCCACCCAUAUAAUAUACGCUAUUAAAUUAAACGCAAUGAAAGUGUAGGUACUCAAUUAAUCGAAGUAUAGUGUAUUAAAUGUAUUUUUUUUUUCGUCGAAGGUAAACUGGAAAUCGGUUUUUUUUACAGAUAUAAUCCACUAUCAUCAACGUCAUCGUUAAAUAUAAUAUUUAGAAGUUCAAAUUUAGUUGGAAAAUACAUUUUUAUAAUAAAUACAGUUAUUAGGUACUAGGUAUUUACACUCUGAAACAUAACUGGUACCUGCAGUAGACGGUUACAUAAAUCUAAUUACGAUUUCUUUAUGAACAUUUUGCAAUUUGAGUGAAGAAAAUAAACAUACAGACGUUUGAUAUACCUAGAUAGAGUCAUAAAGGUCAUUGGACUGGCAGAUACCUUUCUAUAUAAUUGCUUAAAGUAAUUUUGAAUUUCGUAAUUGUUUACAGUUUUUAAACUAAAUUAUAUUCAUGUAAAUCUGAAUACGAGUAUAAGUAUAAGUAUAAUUGUCUGAUUUUAAUCAAUAUUGUAUUUUUCACUAUUACACAGUUUUGUCUUAUCUCGAUAAUCUUACGUCAAAAACUAAUGUAUUUAUGUACUUACCUACCUAUUUCUAUUUCACUAUCUAUUUUGAAAUGUGAUAAUCCGAUUUUCAUUUUGUUUUUUACAACAUAAUUUUCAAAGUUUUUUAUAUCCUUUUGAUUUUUUUUAAUACUUAACUAUUAUUUAUUAUUUUUAAAUUCAUAUUUCUUUUACUUUUUUAGUCAGAAAAAUAAACAAUUUAAUGUGUUGGUACAUGGUAUACUUCCUAUACCUUUUUAUGUAUAGGUAAUUGCUAUUAGUUAUAUAUGCUAGGUGUUUACUAUAUGUAUCCAAUUUUAUAAAAUUGACCUCCGGUCGUUGAAUUAUUUAAAUACAUACAAAAUUAAAUAAAAUUAUUACUAUUAAUGCAUAAAAAAAAAAAAAAAAACCAGUACGUAUGCAUUUUUUUCUUAACCGAUAUCUAUAUCUAUCCGAAUCACUACUAUGAAGAAGGUUAGAUCGGUAUUCGAAUAGUAAAUAAAUUAACAAUAAUUAUAUAACACAUCGAGUUAUUUGAUUUCAAUGAUAAUUUUAGGGCCGAUUAAAUUAUAAACGACUUAUAAAAAUAUAUCAAUUAAUUUUUUCUUUUUAGCCUGAGUAUAUGUCUGGUUAUACAAUAUGUAAUAAUUUACAAAUUCAAUGUCUCUUUCCUUGGUAAAAUUUUAAAUACGCCACUGAAUCGGCUUAAAUAUUACCCACAUGAUGUAUAUUAUACAUGAUUAACAUUCGUGUUUCUAAUUUUAUACUAUCUUUAAAAUAGUCAUGCAUUAUUUUUUUAUUCGCCGCACCUUAUACGAUACAUAAUAUUAUUCCAAAGAAAAAUUUAAAUUUAUCAUUGUCGCGCAGUUAUCUGCGGGUACAUCUUCAUUGUUAUUGUGGCUUAUGCCCAAUGCCCAUGUAUACAUGCGUAGUAUAUGGAUAUAGACACGCUCGUGAAUUAUAAUAAUGUUAUUAUUGAAAGUUAUAUUAUCCAUUGAAUAAUUAAGUAACACAGUCGGUUGAAUUUUUCGUUCAUUAUAAUUCAAGUCUUAAAAAAAAAAAAAAAAAUAAUAAUAAUACGUAAAAAAAAAACAAAAACAAACAACUAUAAACUUUUGACACUGUUUUUAUUUUUAAAACAUUAUUGUUUUCAUCAGAGUAGGUGUACGCUAUCGUGUUGGUGGUAUGGUUCACAAUAAGUUAUUGUAUUAUCUUAUUUGUAUAGUAUAAAUGUCGAACCAGAUAACGGUUAAAAUAUAAUAUAUCUAGACAGUUGAAAGAAAAAAAAAGACCAAAUAUCCGAGAAACACCAAUAAAUUAUAGAAAAUAUUAUGACAUUAAGAUUAUUUUAUAACGAAUGAUAACUUUACAUUUUGUUUUCGCAGACAUGGGUAGUAUUUCAAAAAAAGUAUUCAAAGUACUUUUAAAAAAGUAUUUUAACCAAGUCCGCAGUUUUGGUGUUUUACGUAAAUAUUUAUUUUAUAGCGCGAAAAACUGCGUCACGAAAUUCGUAGAAAGUAGUCGGACCGGUUUUCAUUUCAUUUUAUUCAAAUAUAUAAACUAUAUUUGUUUACAUUUGUUGUAUUUCGACACUAUAAUAUUAUACGCGCGCAUCAUUAGUAAUUUUUAUAUUUUUUUGUUGUUAUAUUUAUAUUAUUAUACAUUUCCUUUUUAUAAAUGCUUUCGUUUUUUUUAAUAACGUUACAGCACAGUCUAGUUCAUUAAACAAUCCAGUUCAGUAAAAAUAAAUAAAAAUAUUAUGGAAAUUAUUAUACGACGGAGAUAAGUACCACCUACCUGUACAUGAAUUGAGCGAUAACCUAGCGUCAGUAUUUAUAAUGAUAUUACGUCGAUAUUAUUAUGUCGGUCUUUAUUAGCACCGGAUAAAUUAUUAUAUUUCGGUGUCUUGUUUCGAAAUGACCCAAUGUACUUAAUAAUAUCAAUAUUUUAUUACACAUAAUAAUACAGGCACUUAUUUUAUCGCGGCUUAGUGAAAGUAAAACGUGGGCAACUGUAUUUUAUUUUUUUUUAUAUAUAUGAUAAAUCGUAUCAAAUAGAUUGUUGAGGUUUGUCGAUGUGCGUACAAGAAAAAUCGUAUUAGUUUACCUUUGUAAUAUUAUAACAACUAUUGAGGUAAUUUACGAGUAUUCGUAAGUAGUAAUAAUUGUUUGGGUAGUGCCGGAUUGGAAGAUUCGCACUCAACAUCCAACCGACCCAAUGCAUGGUUUAUUUAUUGGAGAUACCACCAUCUCCCUAAUUUAAAAUUGUUGGAACGUGGUCUUUUUUUUUCAUCAAAGAAAUUAUCAAAUCAUUUAUAAGUUUUAAUCACUCCCACAAACAUUUAAAUCUAAAUACCUGACUAGGAAUAAUUUCCAAUUGAUCAUCCAAACAUCAUGGAAUCUGAAAAAAAAGAUGGGAAAGGAAUGUUGAUCGCAACACGAGAGUCUGAUGGCCAAUAAACAAUGAAACACAAUUGUAUAUUUAUUAACAUGUGUUUGCAGAUAUCUUAAAAUAUAUCAUUACUACUAUCGUCAGUGUCGGAUUAUUUGAAUAGCCAAGCUAACGGUCUUUUGUGCUUGAGGAUUCUAUAGCCAUAAUCUAUGAAUGUUCUUUCAACUAGGUGUUAUUAAGUUUAUCCUCUUCUUAUAAAUAGAAAUUCUCGGAACAUCUCUAGGAAAAAUCAAUAGUAAAUUUUAUAAAAAAAAAAAAAUUAAGCUAUAAUUUUUUAAAUUUAAUGUAGUAUUUUUAUACAAUUCUUUUCUAAUCUAAUCUAUAUGUUGGGGUUUUAUAAGAUUAUAUGAUUUUUUUUUCUUUUUCUUCGCUCACCUUCAUCCCGAUUAUUUGGGAUUACUCUUAUAUAUAUUCAUACUUAAACCGAUCCUCCACCUCGCAUACAUCGGCUGUCCUCAUAUAAUUCUCAAUCGUAUCGAAUAACUUCAUUUUUGAUCUUCCUCUCCAUCUCUUUCUUGCUACGUUUAUUUUUAUUACAAUUCUUAUUGCUUCAGAUUUCUUUUUUCUCAUGAUAUGUCCAAAACAUAACAGUAAUACAUACUUAUACCUUAUCUUAUCUUUCCUCAUCAUUCCACUCGACCAUUCAAAUGUUAUUAUUACUGCUACACUAAUUUACUGUUCUCUUGUCCAACACUCCGAACCAUACAACAUAUUUAGAACACUUCAUACUGUUUGAUAAAAUUUCACAAUAAUUGUUGACCCGACUUAAAUCUAUUUACCGCUUCUUACGACAGGUUUAGGUACCAUGGAAGUAUUAUGAUCCCCUUUCAUAGGAAAAAUGGUAUUGUUAUAAAGUGACUUUUUCCACCCUGCAGAAACAAUAAAAUAUGCUUACUGAAACUUUUCACCAGUACGAGCUCGGGGUCUUGGGUUCGCUUAACCCAUAGAAUCAUAUGCCUCCCUGAAAUGAUAUAUGAUUCUUAUAAAAUAAUAAAGUCAUUAUGUUUGACUAAAAAUUAGUUUUUCUAAAAUCUACUUUUAUUUUUCACAGAGAUUUAUUAAGAAUAUCAACUUUUGAAAAGAGAGUAAGGAGUCUAUAAGAAGUACCUAAUAUGUUGAAAAAUGUACCGAGAUUAUAAUAAUAUGAUUUCAGAUGCCUAAAUAACUAUUAGUUCCUUUAAUAAUAAGGAUUUUAUUGAGGAUUUUUACGAAAUACAUUUUAUUUCGAAUGGCUCAUGCAUCUAGUAUAUUUUUCAAUAUUUUUUGAAAAAUAGCUCUUUAAGAUAAGCUCAAAAGUCUAAAUAUUGCAAAUUUUAUACUUAUAUUUAAUUUGAUUUUUUUUCGUCAUACAUCAAGUGGCUCCUAAUAUACAUUAUAUACUCGUAUAUUAUUUCAAACAAAGGUAGACGUGAGUGACGUAUUUCACAAUUAAUUGUUGUUAAAACUCUAGUAAUUUUCCAUAAACUUAGAUGUAUCUAAAUAGGUGAGAAAAAAAAAUUCAAAAUCUUAUUCUAUAAAAAUCCUCUUUGGCCGCAAUCCGGUGAAUAGAGUUCGCCCAUUUUUAAGUUUAGCUCAUUGACAUUGAAAUGUUACUAUACCUAGCUGUGUUACGAUAACUUAUAAUACAUACAAUAGAAUGUAUUAAUCUCGCUUAAUGAACGGAUCGUGGGUUGUGUUUCAAUGGCUCGACAACCUCGCGGCGUUAUUGUUAUUCGUAUAAUUGUAAGACGACUAGACGACGACGGUCUUUGCUCGAUUUCGCCCAAACGUUUGCCAUGAAUUUUUAUUGUAAAGAUUAAUUUAAUGUACAUAGAUACAUAUAUAUGUUUUAAAUUUCAAUUAUAAAUGUAAAUCGAGAGCUGUGCAUUUUAAAAUACGGGUCACAUAUCGUUUAACGUCUUUUAAACUACAACCAUACGGAUAUAGCAGUUAACGCCAAUAUAGUGCAAUAUAAAUACGAAACGUUAUACUGGUCCAUUUUUUCAGCUGGUACCCACAAUUACACCUAAAGUGACAAUUCAAUUAUUGUUGUAUUGACUUUCGCAAAAUAUUUAUUGUUAUUAGUCCGUGAUUUCACGAAUUUAAUGGUUUUUCAGAAAAAAACACGUUUAAUGUUUAAUACUAUGUUGUUGCUGUUACUAUGGAAACAUAUACUCAUGUUAUUCGCAUUACAAACAAAGUGUUUGUCGAAGUUUUGACUCAUUUGUAGCCAAAAUGAUACUAGUGUUGUUUGUUAAUAUCUAUGUCUUGUACAACAGAUUUAUUUUAUUUUAUCACGAUUAUCUACGAAGAUUUUGAGUAUAAAAUUGAUUUUUAUUAGUUUUCGUCAGCUAUCGUUGUAUAAAAUCGUUAACGGUAUUAUUUACAAAUAUUUUUAAAAUUUUACUAUUAUUUGCACACACACUUACACAUACACAUAAACACAUAAUAUAGUUAUCAAUUUUUGAUUUUCGAAUAGCAACUAGAUUCGACAAUGGAAUAUUUUUCUAAACAUUUUGAUACGCGUUACAUUAAUAUUAUUAGAUACACCGUUUAUGAGCCUUAAAAUUUUAAAAAACAUACCAGAGCAGUAGGGUUAUCGUCUAAAAUUGGACGUGAAAUUACCCUUGCCUAUACUUUUCCGGUCUAAAUCAAAAGUCUAUAUGUGUUAAAUAUAAUAUAAUUUUGUAUGAUGAACGGAAUACGGGUGAAUUUUUAAAAGUUUCGUCAUGAAGACAGAACCGUAGCUAGAAGUAUUUUUCUGGACAGGCAAGAUGGUAAAAUAAUAUAAAUGUUUGAAUGGGAAAGACUGCUGCUAACACAAAUUUUCGAUUUUAAAACUGUGUUAAUUUUGGGAGAAAAGUAAGUCCGGGUCUACCAGGCCAGCCAGCUGGCUAUGCCACUGCACGAAGGUUUUUAAACACGUUUCUAUAAUAAUGUAAUGAUCUACAAAAAAAAAAAAACAAAAUCCAUUUUAUUUCAAAUCUUCUUCUGAAUAUUUGUUAGAUCGUGAUAACAAAAAAAUCAUUCUGUAUACGCGAAUAUCGUACGAGUGUAUGUAUACUCUAUGAUAUGUACGUGUCAGACGUAUAAAAUGUCGAGACUGUAAUAUUAUAUUAUAUAAACUGGGUUAUACUGUAAGGCACAACUUAUAUGAUAUAUACGGAUAUAAUAGCCGAAAGUUGACAGCGUACAAUUAAGGGCGUUUCCGGAAAGUUGUGUUGACAAUUUUGGCAUAUAAUACUCCUCUGCUGCAGAAAAUGCAUUCAAACGAUAUUAAAAUAUCUCUAUAUAGAUUAUAUUAUAUUAUAUUUAUGUGAAUUCGUUGUUAGCGGGGUUGAUAAAAUUGAUUUUCGCGAAUAGAUAUAGGUAUGGUACAAACGGGGAGUAUAACAAUAUUCUAAAGUCCUAAAUAAACUCAGAGCAUUCACGUGGAUAUCUAUCAACGUCGUUUUUUAAAACUUCUACAUUACAUUUUCGUUUGAAAUUUAUGUUUAUAAAAAAUGCUAUGCGUGUAUGAUCUUGGGAAAUAUUGUAUUGUUACUUAAUAUUUCAAUAAUUUGAGUCGUUUAUUUUUGAUCAACAUAUUUUAAUGACAUUAUACAGGCCGAUGUUUUUUAAUAAAUUAUCACCACUUUUGUAUGGUUAAAAAAAUUAAUUAUAAAUUCAUUUUUUCUCUUAAGAAUUUCAUUGUUCGAAUUUUGAUAACAAAUCUCAGAAAAAUUAUUUGAACAAAUAUCGGCGUUCUCAUUUUUAUUAAUGAAAGUUUAUAAAGUAUAUACUUAAAUGUAGGUUUAUUUUAAAUUUGAGGGAUGGGACAUCGAAAUCACUGAACAAAACAAAUUGUGUUGAUCCAAACCUAAUAUUGCUCUAAAGGGACUGGAAAACAUUAAAAAAAAAAAAAAAAAACAUUAAAUCUAGUUCUUAGAUGAAAAACCACGAGGAGUUUUAAAAAAAUUGAGGAGAAAAUGGAAAAACCACUCUGAGUUGUUGGUUGCGGAAUUUCUCAUCUUCAGUAAUAGUACAGUUCAAAAAUUUAACAUGAAGUCGCCUGGAUGAAGUUUUAAAAACGUCUGCAAGCAGACUUGUUGAUAGCUAUUAUGAUAAAUUAUACGGAAUUAUGCAAAAUAAACGUGUACAAUAUUAUGUAAAUUUAAAACGAACAACGUGUAAAAAAAAAAAAAUUCAAGGCAGACGGAAUGUCAAGGCUAUAUUACACUAUUAUUACUUUAUACAUUACAGUUUAGAAUUUAGUAAAUAGUAGUAAGUACAACCCAAAGAUGACAGUAUUAAUGUAUUUAGAAUAAUCAUUUUGAAAUGUAGAAAAUAUUACGCUCGCAUAUUUUAUUUUCGAGCAAAUUUCACGGUCUGCGUGUACACUAAAAUAAACGGCCGUGACUCUGAACAGAAUAAUCGCAAUGAAUCACAUAUUAUUAUUUUCACUUUGGUUAUUUUAUAAUGAUCGCAGUUAUCUAUUUAUGAUGAUUACUGCGACGCAGGACAAUUAUAAUUAAAAAAAUAACAAAAAAACAAUUUAUUCUAUAAGUACUGUGCCUGAAUAUUUUGCGUCGUGCGAAAACUUUUAUUUCACCGAUUUAGUUUCGUUUUUCUAUAAUUUCACGGGUAUGCACGCGAGUCAGUUUGAAAUAAUAAGGGUGCGGAACGCGGCUGAGAUUAGGUUCCCGCUCAGAGUAGUGCUGGCGACGUUUUUAUUUUUAAUGACCUCGAUCGGUCAGCAAACCAAUGACACCGGCGCGUCUGUAAAUGUUGGUUUGUUUGAUUUUCGGUCGUCCAUACAGUGUGUACUAUUUCAAAAAGGUAUAAAUGCAUCGCAACCACGGUGAAUAUAAUAAUUAUAGUCUAUGAAUACGAAUACGGAGUUUUAAAUUGAUCGUUUGCGGUUGGGGUAGUCGCAUAAUAAUAUAUUCUGUAGGUGUAAGUUCUCUAGGAAAACCGACGAGUAAGCGAGAAUAACGGACGGCACAAAACCCGAGUAGGUAAUAAUAAUAAUAAUAAAAAUGAUGUACGUUACGUAUGUUUAUACGUUUUAAUGCAGUUUUAAUUUAGUCGUGUUGUGAAAAUACAGCUACGGUUUCCGCUUGUUAUUACAAGUUGCUCGAUAAUAAUAUAAAGGUGCGAUUAUGGUGUUAUUGUCGUAUAUUUCGUAUAUUUAUUUUGUUGUAAAGUUUAUAGAAAAUGGUUUUCUGAGUAUAACGACGAAUGAGCUUUAUUGUAGUUUUACCAAGAUGUAUUUUCUUCCUCUGCUCCUCUCCCCUACCCCGAAAACACUUUCGGUUCUCUAAGAACGUUCCGAAACUUUUCACCACGUCUCGUACACCUUAAAAGAUGUGGAUAUUAUUCCCGGUGGUAUCAUUAAUAGAAACAUGUUUUCCCAUUAGAUUCCAAAAAGUUUUUCGAAACAAUUUGUGUACAAGCUGAUAACAAAUGACGACAAACCGGUUUCGCAUAAAAUGUAUUCUACGGUUGGUGGAGAUCUGAAAUGCUGAAUCAAAGUACAAUAAUGUUUUCAAACAUACCAUUCUUUAUAGGAUGGUGUGCUCUUGAGUUUUGCUCACGGUUUUUUUGUUUUGUUGAUUUUUAGAGUUCCCUGGUUUAAAUCGCGGGGGAAAAAACCGAUACAUACUUAAUAACCUAAUCUAACCCCGGUUCCACUCAGAAUCGUUUUUUGUUUGUAAUACAUUUCGUCAUUGCUCUACGUACCUAACCCGAUUUACAAACUCAUCCGAUCCUACGGGCAUAUUUUGUAUCACGAUUCACAUAAUAUUGAUAAUGACUAUCGGAUACGUCCCGGGGACAGCUUCCCAGCGGUCGACACGACGGCGGAGGAUUGCCCGGGGAGUUCGGCACCGUCGUAGUCGCCGACAAACGGAUUUUCGUUACCUAAGCCGUGUUAUAGAAUUCUCGCGGUUCGGGACUUGAUGGACGGACGCUAUUUUGGAGGUCGACAGAGACGUCAUAUAUGUACUUAUAAUACCGCAUUCGAUUUAUAAUAAAAUAAUAAUAAAUAUUAUUACGUACGCGGUCGUAUUAUAUUAUUAUUAUUAUUAUUAUUAUUAUUAGGUAUAAUAUUAUAUUGUACCGCAGCAGCACAGGCCGUAUCACACGACGAAGGCAGGUACCCAUAGGUAGGUCCAUAGCCGAGUCCGACGUAUAGCAUACUCGACGAUAAUAUUUAUACGUGUAUGUGUAUAUAAUUUUUUUUUUUUCUUAUCCUUGGCACUCGGCGCGAACAAUCGCAACAAUAUCGUAUUAAACGUUACUAUCGUGUCGACGAGCCUUUCUCCGCUCUCGUGUUACAUUAAUACUAUUGCAUGUAGUGAGCACCUGUGCGUACGCAUACGCGAGUUACGGUUAUGACAAUAAUAUAAUAGCGAAAUAUAUCAAUGCGCGCGCACGGGUGCGGCAGCGGCGUUCAAAACCGAUACGAUAGCUAAUAACUGUACGUCGGCAUAAUAUUUUCAGCCGACGCAGUCGCGAUUUUCGCCGAUCUACCGUAUCUAAAACGUAAUAAAACCGAUAACCUAUAUUCGUGUCGGAGGUUAAUCGGUAAUUUUCGAUUUCGUCCGUCCGGCGCGAUCGCGCGAUCCGUGUAAACGUUACUUAUAUAACAUUAUAACGAGUAACCGCUUAUACCGCGUGUCCGGAAGUCUGCGAUAAUGAUAUUCGUACAAUCCUUUCCGUAUCCUCCGGCCGUGCACGCGUUCGCAGAAGGACCACUGAGUCCGUCGUCGGUUCAAUAAUAAUAAACGAUAAUAUAAUAAUAUUAAAUUGCACGAGUUUUAUCGGUAUGUUUCUUAUUGCCCGCGCACACUCGCCGGCGGACGGCUAUCGCAUCGUAUCAAAUACCUACAGCACUUUACGCGCCACUGUUCAAGGCGACCAUUGGCAUAAUACAAUUUUCUCGCGGAACUAUUAUCGUUUCCGGCCGCCGGACGGUAGAAAAAAUAAUGGUCGAAAAUUGUUUAAAAAAACAAACGUCACUGUUGUAAGUACAAAGUUGCAAAGGUAGGAUGUAAAGGGGAAUUUAAUCUGUACGCCACGAUUAACCAAUGCCAACGAAAAACGAUUCUGAUGAGCGGAGGUCGGUUAUAUAUGUUUUGAAAGACCGUAAUAUGGAUAAUAAUAAAUUUCGUAUAUUUUCCCGUUAUUUCUACGUUUUUUUCCGAGUUUUUUCUCAAUUAUUGUUAAAACACUUGAGGAAAUCAAAAAAUGAUUACCUUAAAGUACCACUCCAGGAAAAUUUCUAUUCAUAAAAAAUGAUACACAAGAAAAUCUGAGCGAAAUUCCAAGUAGAAAAAUUUUUCUCCGAAAAACAAAUAAAAAAUAAACGUCUUCGUAAAAAAAUGUAAAACCAAUAGAAAAUAUCCGGAUCGUUCGGAACUCACAAACGUAUAAUUAUUGGCCCUAUAUUAUUAUAUAUUGUGUUUAUUGAAACAUCAUUACUCACGGUAAAAUAUAUUUAAACGAAUAAUGUACGGAUAUUGUCCAAAUAAUAAAAUUAUCGAAUUAUUUCCAAGGCGUAGUGGUAAACCGCCUACGUCCAAAAUUAUGACGUAUUUACUUCGGAUUACUGAUCAUCAAAAUGUUGCAUAUUGAUUAUUGUGUGUAAGUGGUUAAUUCCUCAAGGGAAACCGCAAAACUUUGUACGUUAUAAAGUGCGAAAAUUAUACUUAAUAUUGUUUUUGAAUCAGUUUAAAUAAUUGUGCGUAUUAUUAUAUAAAACCUGUUUUUUAAACCAGUAGAUAACCAACCCGUAAACGGAGGUCCCCAAACCUUUUUUUCUAUUCCAUACUUUUGACAUAUAAAAAAAAAACCAGUUUAUUGAAAAAAUAACUUGUAUAAACUAUUAUAUAAGUUAUUUUUUUAGUAAUAAUAGUAAUUGCGAUGGCCUGUACAAUGGUUAGUACAAUAUUACAUGUCAAUAAACAUUCUGCUAGACAGACAUACAGGUAGCGGUAUAGGAGGAUAUAUUUAAUUUAUUUAACUAUGGUUCAAUAUAAUAUCGUAAUUAUUAAAAAAAAAAUAAAAAAAAAAAAAACAACGCACGCUAUUAGUUAACUGUAAUUGCAUUUUGAAUGAUAACUUCAAAAGAUAAUUGUGAUACUUAGGUUAUAAUAUACAUUUUUAAAUGUUUUAUUUUGUAUUAUAAUACAAUAGCAUUAUAAUAACUCAAUAGGAUCUAAACAAUUGUUGAAAAAACAAUUUUAAAUAUCGCGAAUAGAACAAAAGUAUUAUUGUAUGUUGUCAAAUCAUAUCCAAACAUCCUGCCAUAUACACAUAUUAUAUAGUUAUUAUGAUUGCAAUUCUACUUUUCAAUAAGUAAAUAAAAUUAUAGUAUUUUCAUCUACAAGUAUUUAAAAUCGAAAUGAUUUGAAUUUAAAUUUCGUAAACUUAUGCGAAUUUAAACCUUACGAGAUCUUGUUGGGUUUUUUUUUUGUUUUUUUUAUUUUUAUCAAUGCACAUUAUUUUCAUUACUGUUGAUUGAUAUUUACAUCUGUUUGUAUUAUAUUUUUGUCACUUUUUUGUAUUAUAGGCAAUGUCGGAGUUUUUAAAGAUGAUAAACGAACGGAGAAGACUACGCACGCCGAUCCGGUGUCUUUGGCAAUCGGCGAAUUCGGCCGAUGGCAAGCAUUGCUCACAUUAAUUUUGUCUUUGCUCAAUUUGCCUUGCACGUGGCACAUAUACGUACUUACGUUCCAAGGGGCGGAUACGGACUUUUGGUGUGCACCACCACCGGGUGUACUGCAACGGAUAUCCGUUGACCAGUGGAAGAAUUUAAGUGGCGUGUUUCCCGCCAUAACGCCGACCAAGGUAAAGCCUUAAAAACAUACAAUUGAAAAUAAAUCGAAAAAACAUAAUGUUCGCUAACUUUCGAUGAAAUGUACUAUUUAGGGUUUUUGUAAUUGACCAGUUGGUAGCGUUUUCAGUGUAAAGUAUUUAGUUUAUAUUUGAUGGAGAUAACAAUUUUAGACUUUUUGUAUUCUGCUUUAUAACGGUGGUAUCGAUGUAUAUCUUAUAUUAUAGAGCAAAAAUGAAAAACAAAAAAUUACUAGUUAAAUGGACGAGAAAAAUUGAAUUUCUUGGAGAAAAAAUAACAUGUUCUUAAUCGGGAGUCUUUGUGUAGUAUUGCGUACAAAUAAGCUUUGAAGUUAAAGUAAUAAAGUAUUGCAAAGCGAUAAUGUGAUGUGAAUAAUAAUAUUGCAUAUUAUUAUCAAUUUUUUGGUUAAACUUAAAAUGGGUAUUAUGUACUGCGUAAAUUAUGAUAAUAUACAUAAGUAUAUUAUCAAAAUUUACGCAAUUUAUAUCAAUUAAAUAUUAUGUCAACAGUUAAAAGUUGAUUUUAUAUUUUAUAUUUGUCAAAUUAUAAACAGUUUUUGAAAAAUAAAAAAUUAAUAAUUAUAUUAUUUUAAAAUUAUUGCAAACUCAUGUUGGUAUGUAUAUAUUUUUUUGUAUUUUGUGAAGAUGUCUUAAAUUAAAUUAAUAAGGCGUAAACUUUCAUUUAAAUAAAUAAAUACAAAUACACAAUAGGUAUGUGAAUAAGUAUUAAAACAUAUGAAAUGUAUUUUUAUGUGAUAUAUUUUACUAUUUUCAUUGUAUCGUUUAUAGUUUAAUGAACGUAAUUUUUUCGAUCACUAUUUAACAGACGCCAGUGUACAAUCCCUGUUAUUAUCGCGACCUAAAUUACGAGAGUUUACUCGAAAAAAAUAAUUACAAAGAUUUACUGCAGACAUAUACCGACAAAGACAAGAUUAAGGCGUGCACUUCUUGGCAAUUCAAUACUUCCGAGUUUGGUGAUACAAUCACUUCCGAAGUAAUUUACAUUAUUAAUAAAAAAAAAAAAAAAACAAAAAAACUAUUGAUUAAUGACGGUACUUAAUUGGAUUUAUAGUGGAAUCUCGUGUGCGACCGGAAAGAUUUGAAAAACUUUGCCGAGAUGAUGUUUUUGAUGGGCGUAGCUUUCGGAGGUUUCUUCUCCGGUCUCGUGUCCGACAGGUAAGCCAUAUCUCGACAACACGAUAACGCUAAUAAGUAGUAACAACUAUUAUGAAUAUUGUAGUUUGUGUGACAUUGUCUCCGUACGUACCACGAGAAAGGUGCAAACGUGUAAAAGAAUUAUAUAUGAACCGAAUGCUAUAAAUAAUUCUCAUACGCCUACUUGUUUAUAUACGGUUUAAUUUUUCGUACGGACGCACGAAAUUUUGUUAUGAGAGUUAAGUUGGGUGGUAUUUAUUUACCGUGGGUAUAAUAUUAUUAAAUAAUAAGUAACAAUAGAAAGAUGGAAUUUAUCAAUAACAUAAGGUCGAUGGUCGAACGUCGAACAUAUUAUUGUUUCGUAUCACUUUUAUCCGUUUCGUUUUCGUUUUAUUUUCUCUCCUCGACCGUUUUUACUAUAAUAGAGGUAAUUCAAUAUCCUUAUUAUUAUCCGUUAUUGGGGAGGGGGAGGGGAAAGGAGUGUAAGACGAGGGUACUUAUAUAUUAUAUAAAAUUCGUUUAAAGAUCACGUUCCGAUAGGCAUUAUUGAUUAUAUACAUAAUUGUCGGUAGGGAUACUUUUAAAGUUUAAAUUCGAUUUUCGAAUUAGAAAUUAAAUUUUGUUUUAUCCGCUGCCAUAAAGAAUUUAAAGGAAUAAUAGUAAAUUAUUUAUCAAAAAACUAUUUUACGGGUGUAUUAUGCCAAUAUAUAAUGAUAUUAUGAUGAUUUAUUUAUAGUGGAUGAAUUUAAUGUGUACAAUAAUUAAUUCAGGUUUAUUGACACAUAACCAUUUUUAAAACAGUUUUUGUUCAAAAAGUUUUAACAUUUAUUUUUAGAUUCGGGGUGGUAUAUUGGUUUUACUAUACGUGUUGUUUUUAAAUUGUUUGCAUCUUUUUGCUACUUUUAUUCCAGAACUUUAUUUAGAACAAAGACGAGAUACCUUUUUGGUAUAUUUUGAAUGUAGUUGGUGCAUUGGGAUGGGUAUUUUUUUAUAUUUUUCAAGGGGUUUUUUCAGAUAAUUGGGUAAAACCAGAAACAAAAUUAUAGUUAAAACGGAUAAAUAUUUACGGUGCGCUGAAGUAUUACAGAUUUUGUUAUUUUUAAUUUUUAGUUUUUACACAUUAGGUUUUCCACCAGAAAUUUUGUUGAAAUUUAAAAAGCCAUUUUAGAUCUAGUUCACGAGUACCUAAGUAAUUCGUUUUUUUAAUUUUUUGUCAAUUUUUAUUAUAACUGAGAAAAACUGGAAAAUAACGAAAAAUGAAACCUAAUAAAUUUACGGCGUAAGAUUUAACUAAUUUAAAUUUAUGCGCAAUAAGUUUUCUACUAGAAAUAUUGCUCCGAUUUUCAAGUGUAGUAUCUUUUCUGAAAGAAAAUUUUACCUGAAUUCUAGGGAAGUCAUUUUUGAAUUAUAUCGACACAUAGAUGUAGGUUAAGUUUAAUGAUUUGAUAACAUGGACUGAACAUACGAGUAGUUUCGUAGUUAAGUUUUUUUUCAACCCUCAUAGUUAUAAUUCAUCUCGUUUUAUUUUUAACUGCGUGUACAUUUAUAACUGUUAGCUAUUUUUAGUACAUAUGUACUGUUUGUGUGAUUGUAGAUUCGGUAGAAAAAAGACAUUGAUGGCUUCUUUGAUCAUGCAGUUGGCUCUCGGAAUUUUAGUUGCCAUUUGUCCUUGGUUUGAAAUGUAUCUGGUAUUAAGAUUUAUAUUGGGAUUCGUUUGUGUGAGCAUUGUCUUCAGCGGUUUCGUGUUGUGUAAGUGCUGAAAUUUAAUUUACAAGGGUUUCAGAGUGUAUAAUGUUUAUUGUUUUAUUUUGUUCAUAUUGUAGGCAUGGAAUUGGUCGGCGGUAAAUGGUUGACAAUCGCCGGUGUACUCUAUUUGCUUCCGGUCCCGAUGAGCUACAUUAUAAUCUCCGGUAUCGCAUACAUUUGCCGAGGUUGGAGACUUUUGCAAUGGUGCGUUACAUUACCGGCCGUGUUUUUCUUGGUGUUGCAUUGGUGAGAUAUUUAAAACAAAUAAAAACCGUAGUGUAACGAAUAUUAUAAACUAACGAUUAUUUGUUUUAGGUUCAUUCCCGAAUCGCCGAGGUGGUUGUUAGCGAUGGGAAAAGUUGACGAGGCCAUGGAAGUUUUACAAAAAGCAUCGAAAGUCAAUAAACAUCCGCUGCCGGCGAAUAUGGACAAAAUCCUCAACCAAGUAAGCUGGGAUGAAUUUAAUACUCAUUUAAUUUGAUUCGCCAUUCAAAAAUAUAAAACAAUAAUAUAAUGAAUCAUAAUAAUAUUUUUUUAAUACAUUUACCUUGUUUAAAACAUAAUUUUUGUUUUGUAUUUCAGAGUAUUAGUAAAUUUGAGAUUAACGGCAAACCCAAAGUGCGCGUUUCGGAUUUGUUUCGUACCAAAAAUAUCAGAAAAAUUUCAUUGGUUUUAUACAUACUUUGGUUCAGUCUUUACUUGGUUUACUACGGUCUUGUACUCAAUCUGUCCAAUAUCGGUGGAAAUAUAUUCAUAAAUACUAUAUUAUCGGGUAAUUAUAUUUUUUCCUCUCUGAAGCGUUAAUAAUUAUUGUAACUGAAUUAUAUUGUAUACAUAUAUUUUAAGUUUAUAAUUUAUUAAAAUAUACUUACUGUAUAAUAGAAAAUAUUUGAGACGUUUAUUAGAAUUUCUCAUAAGAUUAUCGAAUACGUUUUAGGUGUCGUUGAAAUUCCAUCGAUAUUGAUUAGUGUUGUAAUACUGUUAAAAAUGGGUCGACGGAUGCCUUUAUGUGUUACCAUGGUGGCAGGAGGAAUAGCGUGUUUGUUAACUACGAUUCUUCCACCAGGUAUGAUGUACUCGUAUAGUUGUUUUUUUUUUUUGUGAUCAUUUUUAUCUGAAUUUUUUUUUAACAUCGGUGUUUUUUUUUUAAUUUAUCAGAUACGGAAGAAUGGGUAUCGUUAUCGUUGGUAAUGGCUGGUAAAUUUUCUGUAUCCUCAUCGAAUGUCAUUAUGCCUUUGUACACGGCUGAAUUAUUCCCGACGGUCAUACGGAACUUAGGCGUGGGAACUUCGAACAUACCCGCGGGAAUCGCUCUUAUCAUGGUUCCGUACCUUUGGAAUUUAGUAAGUCUAUAAUAUUAUUCUUCUGGAAUUGAAAUCUACAGGAUUAUUAUUCUUGUUAUUAUUUGUCUUACUACAGUCUCCGGUGAGCAAUGUUUUACCUUUAAUGGUCUUGGGAACGGUCAGCGUCAUCGGUGGGUUGUCCGUACUUAUGUUACCGGAAACGGGCAGUCAUCUAUCGAACACAUUGGAAGAAGUGGAAGAAUGUAUAAAGUGAGUUUUUUAAGGGGUGAAAACUAAAAAAAAAAGAAAAGAUUAUACAAUUUUUUAUAGUUUCGAAUAUUUAUAAUAUUAUGUUUUGUUUCAGCAUAUCGAAUAGUUCGCAGAAAAAAUACAUCGAUACGAUCAGUAAUAACGUACAAAAUACACCACAGUCCGAGAAAGAAUAAUAUUUUAUUCUAUUAACAUCAUAUCAAUUAUUAUACCUACAAUAAUUAAUGGUUCGUUCGUUUUGUCUUCCUAUAAUCUUUUUAUUACAUUUUUGAUAAGUAAGUAUAGAUACUAUAUAAAAAUAAAUUAUUGUUUUUAUUCGUUCGAUUUGUUACUGUGAUAAAAGAUAUAUACACAUAUACGCAGGUAUUAUUAUCAGUGGUAGGGCGAAUAUUUUUUUUUGUUGUAUGAAGCAGUUUUAGUUAAGUACAAAAAAAACUUCAUAACAUCCAAGCCUAGGAGCUGUAUUUAAAGUCACUAGACGUAUUUCACCUUUUUUGUUAACACAGUUAACGAUAAAGUUCCAUAUAUAGACAAACCCAUCCACCCACCUAAUUUGGUUAUGAGGCAGCCGUCUCUUAGAACACCCAUUCAUGUCACCACUGAUUAUUUUAGUUGAUGAAUAAGUUUACAACAAAGUAUUACGCAGAUAAAUGUAUUAUAUUACGUUAAUAUAUUAAAAUAAAACUAUUGUAUUAACUUAUGACUUACAAGUUAGACGUAAGUAUUAUAAAAUAUAUGAUAUAUAUGUUUUACAAAUUAUUUCCUAUGGAUAAUAUUGACAUUAUUAUAUAGAUAUUGUUUAAACUAAGAAUAUUCGCUUUUUUAUCAUUAUAAAAUGUAUAUAUUUAUAUUAUUAUAUUUAUAACUGUACUAUAUACUAUUGUGUGGGUAUAUUGUUUAUACUCUAACUAUAGUUUAUAUAUAUAUAUAAAUCAACUAGACAAACGACUGUAUGAUAGAGUUCCAUAAGUGGCAUAAAGUUAGCAGCCAUACUAAGAGGACAAAUUAUAUUAUUGAUUAACGCAUGAAAUUCGUACGAGUGUGUUUAUGCCAUGAAUUGUACGAUGAUAUUUUAGAAACAAUAUUGUGAUUCAUUCCAAAUGUUAUUCGUGUUAUUACUACACAUAUUUGCCACGUUAUCCGUGACUUAAGCAAAUAUUAUCGUGGUGAUAAUUGAAAUUUCGCUUCGCGGUAUACACCUGCAAUAGCAUCAUAUUUGCGCAUAUAGUCGGUUAUCUAGUUGUUUUAAAAUUAUGUAUACGUUUAAUUAUUAAGGAUAUACAUCUGUGCCUAUCUACAGACAUUUUAAUUUUAGUCGUGUUAUAUAUUUUAUAAUUUAUAUUUUUUAAAUACGAUUUGGAUACAGUAUAAUGUAUUGUGUAUUAUCAUAUAUUAUUAUUCUUAACCUUAAAUUAAGUGCAUAUUAUAAUAUACGAAAUGUAUAAGGUAUUAAUCGAUUUAUUAUAAACAAUUUGUUG